GAAGAGGGAACCAGGUCACGCGACCUCUUGAAUCAACGGAGAGCUGAAAACUUUUCGAGCUUGCCUGUCUCCUCCUCUCUUCCCUCAGAGAGAGAGAGAGACACGCCUCCCAUUGGCCGCCGCCGAGGAGGGGCCCUCUGUCCCCGCCCCCAGAAGAGAAACUCCCACCAAGGGCACCUCUGCUUUUCCCACGGAUUUGCCGGGGGGCUGCAACAUCUGGCUGGCUGGUGCAGGUGAGAGGGAACGGCUAGCGCGAGUCCGCGCGCCACGGCGGGACCUGGGCUGGAGCCCGAAAUAAAUGCCCCCCUCCGCUGCAGCCCACCCCCCUCCCCGGCCCCUUCUGCCCCCGCCUCCCACUCCCGCGCCCCCUUCAUGGCUUUGUCUGCCUGAGCCCCUGUGAGGAGGAGGCGGCGGUGGCGGCGCGCGGGGAGCAUGGAGAGAGGCGCUCGCGGUCUGGCUCGCGCGGAGCCUCCCCUGGUGUGAAGGCACCCGAGAGGCGGAGGAGCCCGCCGGGAAGAGCACGGCAGCCGCCGGACCCUCGGAGACCCCGCGCACUUGCUGCAGGUAAUUCGCGGCAGCGGCGGACGGGGAGGGACCUGAAACCCUUUCGGCGUCUUUCUUUCCUUAAAGGAGAUGCCCGGCCGUCUUCGUAGGAGGGCGAAGGGGAUUCGCAGCGAUCCUUAGGAUUCCCAGUUGACGGAAGGAGCAACUCUUUGUUCUUCGCCCGCCUCCCAUAUGUAUAUUUUAACAUGCACUUGUCGGAGCUGGGGGGGUCUGUUGCAAUAGAUUUCAGUUGGAUAGGAGGCAGAGUGAUAAAAUGGGGGAGGCAGCGUUCCCUAAAAUGGGGCACCCUUGCCCAAAAAGGGCCACGGCACGUGAAGAGUCUCCCCGCUGCUCUGUGCAGCUGCUACACCCUCUUUUGUUUGGCUCUGAAAUUCUUAAGCAACAAUUCCUUACCAGCUUCAAGGCGCAAGAAAUGGACGGGGAAAACGCUGGCAUUCGUCCAAGGGUAGUUUUUUGUCUAUUUUUAAAGGAACUUGGCAUUUUCUAUUUAAAUGUUUGUGCUGGUUUACACACACAACACACAAUCACACUUGCUUUGCCGAAUAUUUACAGGGAUGAGAGGGACAGAUGGAAACUAUCAAGGGGAGUGUAUUUUUCCCAUGACAGAAAUGAGAAGAAACACAUGCCGUUUUUCCCUUAAAUCAGGUUAGGGUUUCAGUCUGGAUUGUUAAUUGACCAGACAGAUGGUUGUAAGAAGCAUGCCAUGCUCAGAUGACCUGUUAAUGAAGAAUUUAAAUAGCCCAUGUGUAAAAUUAACAAGGUCUUGGUCACAUUACAUAGAAUUCAGGCCAUCUGCUCCUUUACAGUAGUACAUAAAAAGUGUAGAGGUUUUCCUAGUUUAAAAAUUUCAGGAAUGGAAGAACUGUUAGUUUGUGUCCAUUUAAACUGCAGUAGAUAAACUACACUUGAAAAGUGGGAUCCCAAGUAAAACCGAAAAUGAAAGCUCAGACAACAAAUUCUGGCUAAAUUGAAGUUCUCAGAAGUUGUGCAUGAGAGGGUUGUGCAUUUGGUACAUAUUCUUCAAUGGACCUUUUUCUGUAGUAUCAGCUUUCCUUUUGACUCCCACUACCAAAUAUAGCAUUCAAUAAGUGUGCUUUUAUCAUACAAGUUGCAAUCUUGCACACAGUGUGUCUGCUUAAAGCUCAUUGACGUCAGUGUUAAUUGGCUGCAGAUUGUGUUCAGGAUUGCAACCAGGUAUUUAGAUAUGGAACUAUCCUGCUCAGUAAAACUGCAUCUCAAAAGAAAUUCCAUAUUUUGGGACUUGGUUCUGUAACUGGUGUUGUCUGAUAUCAUACAAGUAAAGCACACGCCGAAUUUCUAUUUGCGUAUAAUGGACCGCAUGAGAGAAACAUUUCUCCCUUUUGAGUUUUUGAAAAGGGUCUACUAAGAAGAAGCUAUAUUCUUAGUAGAUUGAAGUAUGAAUAGUUGAAUGAUUUGGCAAUAGUGCUUCAUCUUGUUUCUAAAUGGGAACAUUUUAGUGUCUACAUCAUGUUGCCAGUAACAUUUCUUUUCUAGCAAAAUACUUGUUAGAGUAUAAUUAAGAGGCAAUUUGAGUAAUUUAGUGCAUGGAUAACAAUUAGUCUUUUGUCCUGAGCAGAAAGCAGUGUUCAUGCAGAGAAAAGCUCAAGUGCAGAUAUAUAGCAAUUUGGAGAAGAAAUCAUAUGUAAUUUGUAUUGUGUUGGCAUAGGAACAUAUUUUACUUGUUGCUCUUUCAUUGACAUCAGUGUGAUUCAGAUGGAAGUGCACUGCAAGGAGAGCAAAAAACAAAACCGACCUGAAGUCACAGUCCAUGUUCACCCUUCACAAUAGAGGUGCUGGCUUAUCAUGGUUUAUUGCAGGGGUCAGCAAACUUUUUCUGCAGGGGGCCGGUCCACUGUCCCUCAGACCUUGGGGGGGCGGACUAUAUUUUUUUGGGGGAAAUCCCCUCCACUGACGCUCCCCUCCCUUCUCCACAGCACCGGACGAGCCCCAGUGGCUGCUUACCUGUGCCUUGCGAGUGGCAGGGGCUAGCGGUGGCAGCGGCGGAGGGACGAUGAGCAGCACAAAAGGGCUGGCUCCAGAGAGGGGCUGCUUAAAAUGGCACUCAGCCAACUGUGGCUCAACAAAGCCCAGCCCCCUUUGUCCUCUAGGCAGGGCGGGGUGAAGCCAGGAGGAGAGAGGGAGGAGGUGCCGCAGUGGUGUGUGUGAGGUGGGGGUGGGGGGGAAUGGCGCAGCCCAAACAAUCAGAAUCCUCAUGCCAAUCCACACGGCGAUUCCCUGACCAUCCGCGGGCUGGAUCCGGAAGGCAAUUGGGCCAGAUUUGGCCCCCGGGCCUUAGUUUGCCAACCCAUGUUUUAUUGGGUAUGUGCAGCCUGAUGGUGCACGCUGCCCAAUCGCUUCCACCUCUCCCUGGCAUCAGUGAGAGAAACAAACUAAACUUGACAUCCAAACCCUGGUUCCUAGUUUGUUUUUCCCUAACAAGCCAGGUUCACUAGCCAGCCUUAAAACAUGGUUUGUAGUUGGCUUACAAACAGUGGGUUGUUAGGGAGCAGCAAACCAAGACACUUAAUUACCGUUGCUUGAUUUGUUUCUUCCCACUUGUGCCAGGAAAGAAGUGGAGUAGGGGCCAUCAGGUAGUCUGCCUCAGUAUGCUGCUCAUUCACAACAGACCAUGGCAAGCCAGCAACCCUGGCAUAUGGUGACAUGCAAAUGUGGCCACUCCUUCCUUCACAUGUGGAAAGUUUGGGUCAAAUUAAGACUGCCUGUCCUCGUAUGCAGACCUUGGACUUAUUGAGUGGCCCUGAAAUGAGCAUGCAGCUUCAGGUCUUGAGGGAACAUGAAUAUGCAUAAUGCUUCACACAAAUAAAGCUUUUCAUACCAGCAGUUCUUCUGUGAGACUUUUCUCUUUCAUAUACACCAGGGAUGGGACGUCUGUGACUCUUCAGAUGCUGUUGGACUCCAGAUCCUGUCAGCCCAGCUAAUGGUCAGGGAUGGUGGGAAGACCACAGUUUCCCCAUCCCUGAUGUACACACGGACACCUUCCUCCUCAAUAUUUGCACAUUUCCUCACACACUGCUGCUUAAACGCACUUUACCUUUGCCUCUUGUCUCUUUCUCUCUUAUCCAAGCUCUCCUCAUCGCUGCUAAUGGAGAAGAGAGAUCUGAAAGAAAGCCUUCAUCAAGGACAUACAAGGCUUCACAAAUGUUUUCAGAUGUAUCUGGAAAACCUUGCGCCCUGUAUUGUGUGAAUAGUGUCUCACACUGGCAAUACAUUCAGAAGAUUCUUGAUUUGUGUGCAUUAAUGGGGGGAAAGUGUGCCAUUAUGAAUAACCCCCCCUUUUUUUUGGCAGGAUGGAGAUUGAAUUCCAUGUCAGGGAAACAUAGGAAGGAAGAUUCCUUAUACUGAAUCAUACCACUGAUUAAUCUAGUUUAGUAUUGCCUGCACUGGCAGGAGGUCUAGGAUUUCAGACACAAGUAUUUUGUAGUUCCACCUGCAGUUGCUGGGAACUGAACAUGGAAAACUUCUCCUUGCAAUACAUACAUUCUACCAGCUAGCUAUGCUCCUUGUGAUGACAGUGUGGGAAGCAGUACUAUAUCCUGGCUGGUUUUCCUAGUGGCUGAAAAAUUAGCCUAAUUUGGCCGUGGUGCCUCGUUCUACUUUCUUACUGAAUAUUCUUAGCACAGACAUACACAAGCCUAGUGCAGGAACCUUUGUUGUGAUAACCUGAAAAGUCAGGCUGCAUUCAGGUAGCAACCUUCUUACAGCACUGAUUAUGACUGCAUUCACAUGGCCCUUUAUUCUGUGUUUCUGACAUUUCCCUAACUGUUGAUUUCUGCAUUGUAUUUGAGCCUUCACAUGACAUAAAAGCCACUUCCACAAAUAUAGGAGAUUAUAGUGCAAGCUAUUUCCAUGUUACUUGCUUCUAGAAAAAAACCCCGUCUGCAAAUAACAAUGAAAUGAGCACUAAACUUGUGCUAUGUACCACUAAAUUUGUGGAAGUGGCCUUUAUAUAAUGCAGAAAUUGUUAGGAAAAUGUUGGGGAAACUGGAAUAAACUGCCAUGUGAAUGCUGACUAUGUGACUUAGUGAAUGGCACCCUAUUUGGGUGGAAAAAUUCAGGGAACUGAUCAGGACAUCCUUUGUUUAGACCAGUUGGAACAAACUGGCCUCCAGGUGUUAGACUGCAUCUCCCAUCAUGAUUCUUUGAAGGAAGGGGGGAUUUAGCACUCAGGUAAAGAAAGAUGUUUUGACUAAGUUUAUAGAACUAAUAUUAAGUGGGCAUUCCUCUGAUGUUGGCACCAUUGUCAUGGUUUGUAGCAUUGGCACAACAUUAUGGUUUAUAAUGUGUCUUUGGUGACGAUGUGUCUUUGGAUGUCCUUUGUCCUUAAUGCAAGAGGGAAAAUCAUAUUAUCCAGAUGAUGAUGAUGCCAUCAGUUGUGGAAGAGUCAUUAACAACCCCUCACUAUGUGCAUGAACUUGAUACAUGCAUUAGAUGUAUGCAAAGGAAUAGGGCAGGUGAAACAUUAAUAGCACCCUUUAAUUAUGCUCGGUUUUAUAACAGAAUUAAUUUAGCAAAGAUAACAUUACAUGAUAUGAAGUGUGAUAAUUUUUCAAUAUGGUCCAGAACCUUCCCAAUUAAAGUCUGUGGCAUCUUUAAAGAAAUUACUCUAAUUAAAAAUUAUAUGUGUAGGAAAAUAGCAAACACCCCAUAGAUAAAUGAAAUUUGGCAUAAAUUGAUGAGUUUGUAGAGAGGAAUGCUGACCCUUGAUGCUUGGUGAAGAAUCUCAGUGUAAAAAAGUUGUACUUGAGUAUAUUCAAUUUAAAGCCACUGUCUUGGCUGAUGACAGCAGGGUUGAAUGUGAGAUGAAACCCUUUGUACAGUGGCAUGGGAUUAAUUUCUCACUGUUACCAAUGCCAAACGUAUGUGUCACUGGACCCAUCACAGCCCUUUCCUAACACAUUCAUACUGGCACAAAACCCCUUCGUUGUUAGCAUAGUCUGUACUUACCAACUUUUUUACUGGCUGUGCUCCUGUGUCUUUGUCAACUUGUUGACUGGAGAAAAUGAAAAGCUAAGUCUGCUUCAUUUCUGCUUGUUGAAUGGCUGCUAAAAGCACAAAGCAGUUUAAGCAGAAAAGGUAGCAAUUCUACUCUUAAUUUAUGUACUUGAGGAUAUCAGGUUGGUUGGAUGGCUAUGCAAAAAUAUGUGUUUUCUGGCAUUAACUCCAAUCCUAAGCAUUUAUAUGAUAACACAAGAAGUCUAGGAGCAAGUCAAUACGAAUAAUUUGAAUAGGAAUUAAGGGUGGCACAUUUGAUGGUUGCCAGGCCCAGCCCUAUAGGCAGAGUGAGUGGGCACCUUAAAUGGCAGGUGAGUGCAGAGCGGCAAUGAGCAGGGGGAAAACAGAGUUGUAUGUCUACACUUCCUAAAAUAGCCUGCUGCUUUCAGGUGUCGUAGAUGAUGCUGUCCUGUUACCUGUACAUAGAAUAAUAGAACCAUAGAAUUGUAACGUUGGAAGCGACCUCAAGGGCCAUCUAGUCCAACCUCCUGCAAUGCAUUGAAGUAAGAAUCAACAGUCAGUCCGGUUGAUCUCUGUCCAUGGAAAGGGUGAAUUUUGUCCUUUGGCUCAGACAGCAAAAUGUAUUGGGUCAGCUCUGAAUGUAGCUGCCACACAGCAUCCACUUCCAGCCUGAUUCAAACCAAUUAUACCCAUUCGUGUGUCCACAUCAGCGUGCUUUAUGUAAUUUAAAUUGCUCCUGUUGUGGCUGUCUCUACAAGGGCUGUCCUGUGUGUGUACUGAUUUGCCAAAGAUCAGAUGAUUUCUUUGUGCAGGAUCUUCCAAGUGGGGUAAAACAAAUAUUCGUUAUUUUCUCAUUUACUGGCGUGCAGUCAUUUUAUGUUGCAGCCAUGCUUAUGGUGAGCUAAGCUAAAGAAGGAUUUCCCUUUCUCACUCAGCACUUCACUUUAUAAAAGCAGCAAUUAUUGGCAACUAUGUGAAUGCAAUGACUGUCACUCUUUAGGGAGCGGUUUAACUUUUCUUGUGUUUGAUCUGAUUGGAAAGAAAUGUAGGAAGCGCACAGAACUUUAUACGUUUGAUGAGUAACAAGCUGGGGAAUGGAGUUUGUUGGUUUUCUGCAGCCAGGGAUCCUGCAAGGAAAACACACUUACGGAUUUCUUCAGAGAAGUAAAUAUUUCAGGCCCCAGAGCAACUGGUAUAGCCAGAAUGUUCCUUGGCCACAUGAUGAGCAACUGAAAAGCAAUCUUAGCCACUUACGCACAAGUGAAACUAUAACAUAGUAUCCUUUUCCUUUCCCCCUAACAUCUCAAAAAUCCUACACACUGAUCAUCUUCAGGGCUUCACUAUAAGAACCGUUCAAGAUUUCAGUGAGACUCAUGAUCGUACAAAGGCUUUGGGAACCAGAUGACUCAUCCAGCACUCUCUAAAUCAGUUAUAUUUUGUUGGUGGAGAUUUAAAAUGUACCGUAUUUUUCGCUCUAUAAGACGCACCAGACCACAAGACGCACCUAGUUUUUGGAGGAGGAAAACAAGAAAAAAAAUAUUCUGAAUCUCAGAAGCCAGAACAGCAAGAGGGAUCGCUGCGCAGUGAAAGCAGCAAUCCCUCUUGCUGUUCUGGCUUCUGGGAUAGCUGCGCAGCCUGCAUUCGCUCCAUAAGACGCACACACAUUUCCCCUUACUUUUUAGAAGGAAAAAAGUGAGUCUUAUAGAGCAAAAAAUACGGUAAUCUCCCAGCUCUCAGUCAAGCUAUCCUCAAUACCUACCAUUCUGGUCCUUGUAUUAACACUCUCUGCCCCUAUACUGUUCAUUCAAUUUCUAUUGGAAGUAAAAACAACAACAAACAUAUGUAUCUGUCAAUCCCAGGAUGCGGUCUGAGGGCACCUUGCUUUAGCUAUGGGGUUUCCCAUUGCUACCACUUUCUUGGCCCUAUUGCUAUCUUGAUGGUGGGACAUCAAGCUGACAUGACCUCCUCAAUCAAUUGGUUUAGUUUUCCAGUUACACUCACGUUUUUGAGGUACAGUGCUUUAACUGCCUCCUCCUUGGUUCAAAGCAGAUUCCUUCCUUCCCUCCUUCCCUAAUUUGAACAGGGGUGUAUGUCAAGCAUGUGGCACACCACAAUACAUGGUUAGUGGGAUGUGCUUGGCUUUAUGGGUCACAAGUUCCAGACCUACACUGCAGUACUUGGAAAGAUCAGUUAAAAAAGGAACUUGUUCAUCCUGUCCAAAAAUAAACUAGUAUUGGUCAAAGAUCUUACUUUAAGAAAAUGAGCUCUGGUUCCAGUGGCGGAGCAUAUGCCCACGCUGCCCAGGGCGGGUGCUCUCUCGAGGGGGGUGGGGCAUGGAGGGUGCCUUCCCACGCACCACAUUUCAGGGUAGGAGAGGAGCAGGGAAGCUGCUGCUCACUCUCCUCCUGCUCUCUGUAGCUGGGUCAGACAUGACCUGGCAACAGAGCUGCUGCAGCCAGGUGCACCUCGCCACUGCUGAGGAGGGCUGCUGUCUGCCGCCGGGACAGAAGAGCUGCCGCCACUGGGCAUGAGGUAUGCCAUUCACUCGCCUGCCAUUUUGUCACCCCCCUCAGUCAUGACACCCGGAGCGGUCUGCACCCACCGACCCCCCUUCCUAUGCCUCUGUCUGGUUCAUCACUUCAGGUUACAGACUCCGCUUACCCAGAAAUAGUACCUCGGGUUAAGAACUUUGCUUCAGGAUGAGAACAGAAAUCGUGCGGCAGCGGCAUGGUGGCAGCGGGAGGCCCCACUACCUAAAGUGGUACCUCAGGUUAAGAACAGUUUCAGGUUAAGAACGGACCUCCAGAAUGAAUUAAGUUCUUAACCGGAGGUACCACUGUAAACUCCUGCCAAUUGCAUGCCUUGGAGUAUAUAUCCAACAAUCCAGUCCAGAGAUCAUCAGUUCAGUUUAUUAGAGGUGCGUCCUCAGUGGGGCACAUUUUUGGCUUGAUCUACUUGAUUGGAUCUUCACAGAUCUCAGGGAUCACAGUAUUAGGAGGUUUUAACAGCAGCAGCAGCAGCAGCAGCAGCAGCAGCAGCAGCAGCAGCACUGUGCAUUUAAGAGUGGUGUUAGUGGCAUAAAUUCAAAUGCUGAGUCUGUCUUCAGCAAUGUAUCACCAGGGGCGGACUUUGGUAAUAUGGUGCCCUGGGUAUCUGACCUCAGAAUCCCAACUGUGUGUGUGUUCACUACUCUCCCUGUCCCUUUCUGACAACAAAUCCCAAGCUCCCAAGUGAAAAGUUUUCAAUAAAUAACAAACAGGUAUGCAAGUAGAAAGUCAGCAUGGUUGUGGGGGUAUCCAGUGUAUUUUUGAGUAUAUCACAUAUAUGGUUAUCUGCCUGCAGAACAGAAGUCUUGGGUGUGUGCUUGGUGCAAUUAAUUCCUGAACCUCAGGAAGCAAGUUUGUUCCAACCAACGUAUCCAACCUGGACAAGUUGGUGGUCAGAGAGGUAGGUGGGUGGGUGACACCUUCUGGAACAUGUUAGAGGCAACAAACAUCAGGGUGCUUCUGCUGUCACAGAGAAUGAGUCCUGGGAGAGGAGGUCACCACUCUAAGGAAGAGAGAAAUUAUGGUACAUUUUAGAAGGGACCCAUCCCUCAAAGGAUAAACAGAUACCCUCUUGUGCCAAAGUUUCUCUUCUAGGGGACAGAGGUCCUAAUAGUGAUCAUUUAUCAUUAGGGAAAAAUACAUCUGCAUUUGUAGUAGGUGUGCAGUAUUCAGUGAUUUGUUUGCAAGGUGUGAAAUUUGUAGAUAUUACCUGUUAUCAUGUGACAGACAGUGCUGAGGAGAAGUCAGUGGUCAUGAUAUAUUGGCAGCAAUGAUGUGGGCAAAUGUGAUUGUGUGACCUGGAAGCAAAUUUAGGUUUCUAGGCAGGAGAUUGAAAGCCAGGAGCUUCAUCGUAGCUUUCUCUGAAAUUCUACCCAUCCGACCACCAGAGUUAGCUUUGCCGGUAGGUCUGAAGAGUCUCAAUGCAUGGGUAAGAAGGUGGUGCCAGGAUUUGAAUUUGUUAGGCACAUUUUGUGACAAGCUAGACCUGUACAAAAGAGACAGGUUCCACUUGAACCGUAAUAGAACCAGACUGUUUGCACUUAAAAUGAACAAGGUAGCAGAACAGCUUUUUAACUGAGCACUGGGGGAUAGCCAACAGAAGAUGAAGAACAUUGGGUUUAGGGUGAAUCAACCCUAAGGGAUAAGAAUGUGUUGAACUAGGCAUUGAAAGUGCAGCAGUAAAUCAUUUAUUUUGCUUUUGCUUUAUUAUGUAUUUUGAGUUUUAAAGGAGAGCACAGAUGCAAUGGGCAUAUCUGAAACAUGAUGGAGAGAACCAGCGGGUCAUAGUUAUUUCUGAACAUAAACUCUUUGGAGAGGACAGGGAAGGGCAUUCUAAGGGUGUUGUUCUGUACAUCAAAUAGGACAUAGAAUCCAACAAGCUAGAAAGCCCAGACAGUUCAGACUCUCAACAAUAUCAACAUUGGUGGUGGUGCUAUUCCCUAAGAGCAAUUUAGUACUGGGGAUAUACUGUUAACUGCCUGACUAGGCCUGGGCGAUGUAUAGAUACAUUGCCCAGGGCUGGUUUGAGUGCCAGAGCAUGAUGGCGCCUUCACCUAGCAGUAUAUUGUGGGUGAACCUGCUGCCGCUCCUGCUGAGUGUGGUAGAACACAAGAUGUACAGACCUGAGAUAAUAGUCUAAUCUGUAGCGCUGUCAAGCAAAAACUCUUUGUGAGUAUUCUUCAUAUACUUUCCUAAACAAUGUUCCAUUAUAUUGGCCUUGAUUAGUACUAUUAAGUAUUAUUGAAAUGGCUGACUUUGCAUUUUAGUCUGGAAAGCCACCCUAACCCAUUCGGUUAUAACUUGGAAUUAUUGUGUGGUGCAAACUUUUAUUGACAUUUCAAGCACAAGUUGCUCUGACCUUAAUUCUAUAUCGAUAGGAAAUCAGAUGACGUUACUGUUGUUUUGAUCCAUCAGACUUAUCAUAACAUAUGACAUGGAGGCUCAGAACAAGUUGUUGUUCAUGAGACAACAUCAAGACUGUUACAUUAUUUCUCUGGACAGUUUGUAGACAAGACAAGACAAAUCCGUUUAUUGUGAGGACCAUGCCUGUACACAAACAUUAACACAACAAUAGUUAAAAGAUAUUAAAAUUCAUUACAUACUACGCCAACAAAACCUUCAUCCCACAAAAUAGAAAGAGAGGGAAAACGAGCAACGAGUUAAACAGACGAUGAAGGGGUCUUUGCAUUGUCAUCCAUAAAUCUUUCCCUGGCUUUCAUGGCCUUUAUCACAAAAACCGCUACCACAUGGGUAAUACGUGGGUUCGCAUCAACUAACAAAAAUUUUACUCUAUCUUCAGGAUUGGUUAUAGAGUUGGGUAUAAUUUGCAGCAAUGCGUCUCUAAAGCUCGAGUAGAUGGGGCAAUAGAGGAGGUAAUGUGUAAGAUCCUCUUUAAUUUUCAUAAGGCAAGGGCAUAAACGAUGUUCUACUGGGGUUUUGUGAAUCUACCGGUCAGAUAUGCAGUUGGCAGUGUUUGAAACCGUGCCAUAGUGAAAGCUCUCCGAAGGGUGGGGUCAGUGAUCUCCACCAAGUAGUUGGCACAGAUUUUGACUGCUUUUACUCGGGGAAACCAGUAGGAAAACCCAGAGUUUUUAUCUUUGUGGAGUCCAAAAGGCGUCUUUUCAAAGAUCCAUUCCCGAACUUUAUCAGGGCUCCACAAUUUAAGGGUAUUAAACUCAGGUAGAUUGUAUCUGGAUAGGAUAUCUAGUAGGUUUUUAUGCCAAGUAGUAUUAUUUUGUAAUAAUACAAAGGCUUGUUUAGCCAGUAAGGUGUUCGGGGCAUCUGUGAGGUUGGUGAAAAAACGCAGGAAUCUUAAAUGGGCCCUGGCAGACACAGAAGGUAAUCCUACUUCCACUCUUAGGAGAGCUGCCGGAGUACUCUGAGGGAGGCCUAGAAUUCUUCUGAGGUAAAAAUUUUGGAAGAUUUCAAGCCGUUCUAACAGCUUCUGAUUCCAUCCCCAGAGUUCUACUCCAUAUAGCAUCUGGGGAAUCACUUUUCCAACAAAAGCUUUUAAUGCCGGGAUCACCAGUUGCCCACCCUCGAAUAAAAAAGCUGAGCAGGGCACCAAUUGUCCUACGUGUUAGAAGGGCUACAGUCUUGAAGUGGGCAAGCCAGCUAGAUGUUGCUUGGAAAGUGAUACCAAGAUAUUUAAAAAAAAGACACUGUUCAAUUUUGUGUUCAUCUAAAGACCAUCUAAAUGUGUGGCGAGCUCUAGUAAAUACCACAAUUUUUGUUUUGUCAUAAUUUAUCUUUAGAGAGUUUUGGGAACAAUAAGCUGCGAGCCCCUCCAGCAUGCUAUGUAGGCCCCUUCGAGUAAGUGCCAUGACAGCCAUGUCAUCAGCAUAUAGUAAUAUAUUCAGGUGUUUGCCUUCCAGGGCAGGAGCUGAUGACUUAUACUUUGCCAUAUGUUGAACAAUGUCAUUUAUAUAGAAAUUAAAGAGGAACGGCGCUAACAAACAGCCCUGUUUAACCCCUUUCCCCAGUGGCAGUGGAUCAGUAUAGUUGCCUGACAUCCCAGUUCUGAUUUUAACUGUGGUGUCUGAAUGUAACUCUCUAAGUAUUUUGAGAAGUCGUCUAUCAAUAUCUGUUUCAUAUAAUUUUUGCCAUAAUUUGUCCCUACAGAGACAGUUUGUACUAUUCAGCUAAUUGGUGCAUGUUGUUGUCUCUGUAAUGGGCUAUAGAGAGAGAGCAUAUUACAGUGUUGAUGUAUUCUGAAUUUAAAUAAAUCUUAAGCCCAAUCUUUUAAGCCCAAUGUGGGGCUUCAAAUCCCAAGGGGUACCCUUAAGAUUCAUUCUGGGUUUAUUUUUUUUUUUUUUAAAGCAAUUUAUUAGGUUUUACAAUAGGAAUAAAUGUAAUAAACAAUAUAGCAUUCGUCUUAACAUAUUUUCACAUUUUCUUAGGACUUCCUCACAUCUCCCGCUCCCACCUUCAUCAUUAUAACAUUUUGUCAGCAAUUUAUCAUCUUAUUUAAAUUCUUAUAUCUCUUCGAUAUUUCAUAAUCUUAAAGUUCUCAUAAAGAGUUAAACUUUCACAAUUUUUCUUGUUUCCUUAAAAAUUUCUAAGUUAAGUGGUGCUCAGUUAUUUAGUCCAGCAUCUUAUUCAGCAUUCAAUCAAAUCACAAUGUUUUUGUAGGUAGUUCUUAAAUUUCUUCCAAUCCUCCUCGAUUCUCUCUUCUCCCAGGUCACGGAUUCUGCCAGUCAUUUCAGCCAGUUGCAUAUAGUCUAUCAGUUGCAUCUGCCAUUCUUCCAGUGUGGGUAGAUCUUGGGUUUUCCAGUGUUUUGCAAGUAGUAUCCUUGCUGCUGUUGUUGCGUACAUAAAAAAUGUCUGGUCCUUCUUUGCCACCCCUUGGCUGACAAUACCCAAAAGGAAAGCCUCUGGUUUCUUAGUGAAAGUAUAUUUAAAUACCUUUUUCAAUUCAUUGUAAAUCAUUUCCCAGAACGCCUUCACUUUAGGGCAUGUCCACCAGAGGUGAAAGAACGUUCCUUCACACUCUUUGCAUUUCCAGCACUUGUUAUCAGACAGGUGGUAAAUUUUUGCGAGUUUGACUGGGGUCAUAUACCAUCUAUAAAUCAUUUUCAUUACAUUUUCUUUCAAAGCAUUACAUGCAGUAAAUUUCAAUCCAUUACUCCACAACCUUUCCCAGUCCUCAAACAUAAUAUUGUACCCAAUGUCCUGUGCCCACCUUAUCAUAGCCGAUUUAACCAUUUCAUCUUGUGUAUUCCAUUCCAACAGCAAGUUAUACAUCCUUGAAAGUAUCUUAGUCUUUGGUUCUAACAAUUCUGUUUCUAAUUUCGAUUUCUCCACCUGGAACCCUAGUUUCUUAUCACUUUUAAAAACUUCUUUAAUCUGAGCAUAGUGUAACCAAUCUCGCACUUUGUCUUUCAUUUUCUCCAAGCUCUGCAAUUUCCAAUUGUCUCCAUCUUUUCUAGUAUUUCCCAAUAUUUUGGCCAUUUGGCCUCCAUAUUGGGUCUUUUUCGGGCCUUAGCUUCCAAAGGUGAAAGCCACCUUGGUGUUUUAUUUUCCAGCAAGUCUUUAUAUUUUGUCCAGACAUUAAACAGUGAUUUUCUAACAAUAUGGUUCUUAAAGGCCUUAUUUGCUUUAACUUUGUCAUACCAUAAAUAUGCAUGCCAUCCAAAAACAUUGUUAAACCCCUCCAAAUCUAACACAUCAGUGUCUUCAAGAAGUAGCCAGUCUUUUAGCCAGCAGAACGCUGCGGCUUCAUAGUACAACUUUAAGUCCGGCAGGGCAAAGCCCCUCUUUGUUUUGCAUCGGUUAGUAUCUUAAACUUAAUUCUGGGCUUUUUGCCCUGCCAGACAAACUUCGAAAUAUCUCUCUGCCACUUCUGAAAGCACCCCAUUUUGUCCAAUACCUGCAGUGUUUGAAAUAAAAACAACAUUCUUGGCAAUACAUUCAUCUUAAUCGCAGCAAUUCGGCCUAACAAAGAAAGUUUCAAUUUUGACCAACUGUCUAAGUCUCUCUUAAUUUCUGUCCAACAUUUUUCAUAAUUAUCCUUAAAUAGACUUAGAUUUUUUGCUGUUAUGUUUACCCCUAGGUAUUUUACUUUUUAACCACAUUAAGUUCCGUCUCAUUCUGAAACCGUUCUGACUCUGUCUCAGUCAGAUUUUUCCCCAAAACCUUAGUUUUCUGUUUGUUUAAUUUAAAUCCCGCCACCCGACCAAAGUCAUUAAUCAAUUGUAAUACUCUUUUCGUACUAGGCUCUGGCUUCUGCAAGGUCAAAACCAGGUCAUCUGCAAAAGCUUUUAAUUUAUAUUGUUUCUGACCAACCUGAAUUCCUUCCACCAGCUGGUCCCUCUGAUCAUGUUCAAUAGCACCUCCAGGACCGAGAUAAAUAACAAAGGGGAAAUAGGGCAACCUUGUCGUGUCCCUUUUUCAAUUUUGAACUCUUCUGUAACCACAUUAUUAACUAUCAGUUUUGCUUUCUGUUCUGAAUAUAUCGCCUCAAUCCCAUUCUCAAAACCCCGUCCCACUCCCAUCUCUUUUAAAUUUCCCAUCAUAAAUUUCCAAGAAAUGUUAUCAAAGGCCUUCUCCGCAUCUAUAAAAAUUAAAACAGCUUUUGUAUUUAUGUCAGUUUGGAGAAGUUCCAAAAUAUCAAUAAUGUUCCUUGUGUUAGCAAACAAAUGUCUACCUGGGAGAAAACCGGCCUGGUCCUUAUGAAUUACUUCAUUUAAAACUUUUUAAAUCUACUUGCCAAAAUAUCUGCAAAUAUUUUGUAAUCCACAUUUAAAAGGGAGAUGGGACGGUAGUUCUUCAGUUGUGUCUUUUCAGUUUCUAACUUUGGUAUCAAUGUGAUAAACGCUUCCUUCCACGAAUCCGGUGCCCUCUUCCCUCCAUAAUUUCAUUGCUAACCUCCAUCAAAGGUUGUAUCAAAUAGUCUUUUAGUGUCUUGUAAUACUUGGAGGUCAGCCCGUCUGGCCCUGGAGAUUUGCCAAGUUGCAUGUUCUGAAUAGCUUGUUCAAUCUCCUGUCGUGUUAUUUUAGAGUUCAGGAUUGUCCUAUUUUCUUGUGACAGUUUAGAUAAUCCAUUUUUGCCAAAAAUUGUUUAAUCUCAACUUCGUCUUGCGGCCCUUGGGUAUAUAACUUAUGAAAUAUCUCUGGAAACACUUUCUAAUGUCCACUGGAUUCUGAAUGUUUCUUCCAUCAACCUCUAAAUUUGUAACCGUGUUUAAUCUUUGUCUUCUCUUCAACUGCCAAGAUAGCAGUUUUCCACAUUUAUUCGCCGACUCAAACGUUUUUUGUUUCAUUAAUUUGAUCUUCCAUUCAAUUUCCUGAUUUAUCAAUUUAGAAUACUGUGUUUGAUAAAGUUUAAUUUCUCUCAGAGUUGGCUGUGACUUUGGAUUCACUCUUAAUUUCUUCUCCAAAUCUUUUAUUUUAUCCAAAAUCUUGUCUUUUUUCUCAUUUUGUGUUUUUUUCUUUACUACAUUCUGUUGUAUCAGAAAACCCCUCAUGACAGCUUUGCUUGCGUCCCAGACGAUUCUUUUUUCCACCGAAUUGUUCAUAUUUAUCUCAAAAUAAUCUUUCAAAACUUUUUGGGCCUUCUUGGUAAUUUCCUGAUCUCUAAACAAAUUGUCAUUCAUCUUCCAUCUAAAGGAUCCAGUUGGUAGUAGUGUCAUGUCCAUCUUUACUGCGUUGUGGUCAGAACAGGUCUUUGGGCAGAUUUCCACUUUUCUAACCCUAGGUGCCAGGCCUCUAGAGAUCCAUAUUUGGUCGAUUCUUGUCCAGGUCAGUUGGGCUUCAGAAAAGAAUGUUCCUUCUCUACCUAGUGGGUUUUUUGUUCUCCAAAUGUCGAUCAAGUCCAUAUUGUCAGUCAUUUCAAAAAGGUUUUAGGUAGUCUGCCAUCUUUUGUGAUGUUUUGACUUUGCGACUUGUCCAUGUUAGUUGACACGACCCCGUUCAUGUCUCCCAUCAUUAUGAUGUUGUUGUAAUCCAGAUGAUCCAGCAUUGUCCCCUGCAACUUCUUGUAAAAUUCCGAUUUCCCUUCAUUAGGCGCAUAGAUUCCUAAUAUCAGCAAUUUCUCUCCUUGAUAUUGUAUCUCAAUAGCCAAAAUCCUUCCAUGUUCAUCUUUAAAUAGAAAUUUAGGUGACAGGCUCUCUUUUGCAUAUAUCACCACUCCUCUCUUCUUCACUUUAUCCGACGAAAUAAAUUCCUGGCCCAAUCUUUUAUUUGUUAACACUUUUCUGUGGAGCCUCGUCACAUGUGUUUCUUGUAAGCAAAUAAUGUCCAAUUGUUCUUUUUUUAAUAUAUGAAAAAUUUUCUUCCUUUUCUCCGGGAUAUUGCAACCAUUAAUAUUCCAGCUCAACAGUUGCAGAGACAUCCUGGAUCUAUCUGGUUAUUUCUCCUGGGGUGGUGUCUUCUCUUGAUCUUCAAGUUCCCGAGGUGGAGGUAUUGAUGCUGGCUUUGCCUCAGGCCCGGAAGGUAGUUCAAUUCCUUUAUGUAGGUCCUCUCCGUGUGUAGCCAGAAAUUUAUCUCUCUCUUCCAAUGUUCUAAUUUUAACCUUUCUCGCUCUAAAGGUAAAAGACAAUCCCUGGGGAAAAUCCCACCUGAAUGGAAUUGCGUUGCUCCUUAAUAGUUUAGCUAGUUCAGAAUAGGCGGCUCUAAGAUCCAACAGUUGUCUUGGGAUAUCUUUAUAUAUCUCAAUUCUUCUAUCCAAAACUUCCAGUGACUUUUCGUAAUGUAGGCCCAAAAUCUUAUCCCUUUCCUCCUUCGAUCUCAAUGUAAUCAAACAAUCCCUGGGCCUCUCCUUCUUUAUAAAUCUUCCAAGUCUGAAAGCUGACACAAUUUUAAAGUCCUUUUCUUCCAAAUUCCAGAACUUGGAAAGUACUUUGGUCAAAAACUCAGUUAGAUUUCCUUCUUCUGCCUCUUGUAAUGAUCUAAUCCUCAGAUUAUUCUCACGAUUUCGCAGUUCUAUCAUAGAAAGAUAAAUCUGAUGUUCCCCAACUUGUUUAGUGAGUGGUCUUACCUCUUGCUCUAAAUUUUCCAAUUUUUGUCUGGUGUCCUCAGCCAAUUUUCGAUUUUCUACUGAGGCCUCCGUCAACUGUCCAAUUGCUUGUGUAUUCUGUCCCACCUGUGUAGUUAAUUUGUUUAGACACUCUGUAUUUUUAUCAAUCUUUGCUGAUUGCGCAUCUACUUUCUUGUCCAAAGCUUCCAAUUUUUCAAAGAUUUUUUCUAGCACAGAAGCAGAUGCUCCUGAGGCCAUAUCUUCCAAUUGUAACUGCUCUACUUCACCCUCUCCCUCUUUUGCCUGUGGCAAGGCAGCUUCUUCAAGUUGUACUUCUGAGGGCAAAGUAGGCACAGAUGAUCUACGUGUCUGCGAGGCUGAGGUUAGAUUUGUUAGAGUUGUUUGUCUAACUCUUCCUCUUCUUCUUGUACCACUCAUUCCAAUGUUAUCUAUCAGUCAAGGUCACACUGAGUUUUUCCCACAGGAAUAGAGAGUCCCAGAGCAAGCAGACAACAAGAGAAUCGAAAGUAAAUGUUUUUAUAAAGUCACUGUUUUAAUCCAAUCCUCUAGAGGGAGCUUAAAAUGUCUUUUCAGAGUCUGAUUUAAUGUCCCAGAACCUUCCAAUAUAAGUAUUAAGCAGAGUUUAAAGGUAAUCACUUUGUUGCAGACAGUGCUUAUUUGUCUCCAAAAGAAUGUUUCAAAUUUAAAAUGUCUCAAUGCCCUCAAAUUGUUGCAACUUCCAGUAUACAGUAUCCAAGUCAAACACUGACAGCCCACUGUUACAAUGCUCAAGCAGUCCUGACUCUGGGUUUCACCUUCCAAUUUGUAAUCCAAUAAAAGGGGAAAGUCAAGUGCAAAUAAAAGGUCCAAAUCUUUAACUUGCUAAUUUUACUUUAAAUUGUAAGUUCCAUAGAUGCUUGGCUGUGUAGAGUUUAAAAUCUCUUUCUUUCAGCCUCCACUCCUCCACCUUAGUUGCUUUUUUUUCCAAGUUCAAUGGCAGCGGAAGACGGACUUCCUGUUUCCACGUCUCUCCGCUUUCAGCCAAAUUCAAGUCAAUUUAAACCUUCUCAUUUAAAAUUUGUAAUUCCAAGUGAUUCAGUCUUUACUCACGAGUAAGUUGUUUUCUUCCAGGUCCGAAUUUUAACAGGAAAAGGGAUCAGCGCUCACCGGCAGCAGCAGCGCGGCUUCACUCCGCUGACUGUGAAACGGCUCACAGCGCCGCAGCCCCUCCACGCUCCGGAGCCUCUUACGAGGCUCCUUCUGCAGUUGGAGGGCUGCUCUUAGCGCCCGCCGAGCCUCAGGACCCCAGGCUCUUGCUGCCUGGGGUUUUUCUCACUGGGUCUCCGCUUCGCCGUAGCGGACGACCCGGUUUCAGCGGAGCUUCUUCUCCGGUCGGGAGAAGACCGCCAUUACCGUUCGCGCCGCCCCCGGAAGUCCCAAGAUUCAUUCUGGGUUUAAAGCAGGGAUGCGAAACCUAUAGCCCUUCAGAUGUUGUUGGACUCCAGUUCCCAGCAGCCCCAGCAGGCAGUGUCAAGAGUCAGAAAUGAUGGAAGUUGUGCACCAGUAACUUUCUUUUGGUGUCAGGUGAGGAGUAAUGGUUAGCUUGGUGUAUGGUAGUCCAUAAAAUAAUUUACAUUUGAACAUUUGCCAUCACAGAGUGCUCUUUUGCAGAUUAUUCAAACCCCACUGAACGUGUAACCUUAGGAACUUCUCCAGACAAUAACUGUAUUGUUUUAGGCAAGCUGCAUUUAUUAUAUUAUUGCAUGCAAACCAGUCUCAAAGUAGCAAGGGACUCUAGGGAUUCCAAUGCUUACCCUGGGUUCAGUUUCCUCGGAAAGAAGUUCACUGGAGACUGUCAUGUCUUUAGGAUAUAUGUUUUUAUUCACACAUAUAAACAACCUGAGCAUUGGGUGUAAGGGCUUACAGCACUAACACUCCCAACACACCUUGCUUCCCCCAUAGGUUUCCAUGUUCCAUAUCUUUGGAUCCAGCACAGAACAAGACAAACCUCUGUCUUCAGCUUCCUGCCCAGACAAAAAACUCACCCCCAGACUAGCCCCUAGAUCAGGGGUCAGCAAACUUUUUCAACAGGGAGCUGGUCCACUGUCCCUCAAACCUUGUGAGGGGCCGGGCUAUAUUUUUUUGGGGGGGGAGGGGAAGUAACGAAUUCCUAUGCCCCACAAAUAACCUAGAGAUGCAUUUUAAAUAAAAGGACACAUUCUACUCAUGCUGAUUCCUGGACUGUCCACGUGCCAGAUUUAAAAGGCAAUUGGGCCAGAUCCAGCCCCCAGGCCUUAGUUUGCCUACCCAUGCCCUAGAUCUCCUGUCACCCAGGCAGCUGAGGUGGGAAGAGGUCCAUUCCUCCUCCUCCUGUAGAAAACCAACACUUAGUUGUCCUUAUGGCAACAUAGCCCACUCUUUAAAAUGCUGACGAGAGUACUUAAAUGGCUGGCAACUUGACAAAGAAACUGGUUUGAUCAGUUCAGCAGUUCCUUCUAUUACCAGCCCCCUCCCCACGAUCCCAUAACAGUGCAUUGCAAUAGUUUGUUGGUGGUGAAAUGCAGAGUGGGUAGAUCAUGUGCUUUACAUUAGCUGGCAUCAGGUUCAGUUGUUUCCCCCUCUUCUGUAGCUGCAGAAUUGGUGCUUGUCUAUUCUACUUGCACAAUGAAUGCAGCUUUCCUUUCUUCUCGCAGAUUAUUGUGCUGAUUGUAUAUAUAUAAAAUUUUUCUGCAAAGUUGAUUACCCCCUUUCACAUUAUAUUGACAGUGUGCUUCAAAACCAUUAACGUGUAUAGGAUGCUUUUCAAACAAACACCAGGGGGAAAUAACAGUGAGUAAUUCUUACAGAAGAAGGCACUAACUGAUCAGAUCACCAAAGUGGGUAUUUAAUUAAAUUUUAAUCAGAGCUCUAAAAAUGAGUGUCAGCGCUGAUGAAGCUGUUUUAAAUAACGUGUAUUUCCCAGUGAAGCAUUCCAGUUUCCCAACCAAUAAAUAUUGUCUUCGUUGAAUAAUCCUGUACUAAUAUUUAUUAUAUAGAUUUAUUUAUUUAUUGCAGACUAAUUUUGCAUAUUCCAACUAAGCAACUUUGCUCAGUGCGAUUAAUUCCAAGUAGCAGUGUAUAGGAUUUGACCCAACUUUUUCUGAACUGUACUACUUAUUCUCCAAUACUAAGACAAUGUAGAUGGUGUGUGCCUGUCAUAUCAUAGAAUCAUACGUUUGCAGAGUUGGAAGGGAUCACAAGAGUCAUCUAGUCCAACUCCUAACAAUGCAGGACACUUUUGCCCAAUGUGGGGCUCGAGCCCCAUUGCCACCGUGAAGACUCACAGUUGCCGCCACUGCUGUCACUUCCUGCCACCACUGCAAGGCCUUGCAGGCCACUGCUACUGCUGCCACAUCCUAUCACUGCUGUGAGUCCUUGCAGGCCACUGCUGCUACUGUCAUCACUAGAACCACUGUAAGUUCUUGCAGGUUGUCACCGCUAUGGCCAACAUGUACCGCGGUCAUGGCAAGCUGUAUCUGCCACUGUUGCUUCUGCCUGACAGUCAGGCAGCCCCAGGUUAUUUGUAUUCACUAUGACUCAUCACCGUACUUUGGAUGUCCUGAAUAACACCAUUUGGUAACCAAGCCCAAAACCAAAAGUCCUGUUGGGAUGCAUUUUGGCUUGCCUGCUGCUGAGGUGGUUGAUAACACCAUCAUUUAAAAGUUUUAGACCCUUAAGUAGUAGCAGUUGCUCGGACAUUGUCCUGCUUGCCUCUGUGUAGUUCCUUCCUUAUUUCAGGUAUCACGAUACGUUGAUGAUGUUUAACCGGUGAUAUAUCGUGAUAUUGAAAAUGGAUUUUUGCCCAGCUCUACUUGCCGGAUGUGAGAAACAGAAAGUAAAAUGGAAGCAAGACCAUGAAUUAAGAAUGGGAAAUAUCUCAGGAAAAAAUAUUUUUAAAGUCUCAGUAGGAAGCAUUUAAACUUGGGAAGAGAAUGACAUAUUAUGAUAACCAUUGCCUUCAUUAUGCCAUACAUGAAAGUGCAAGGUGCAUGCUGCCUGACUUUCUUUUAGGAACUGCUGGGGAUUUCAUUUCUUUUCACUCUGUCAUGUUCAAACUGUGCAGAAGGUCCCUAAGUGGAGCACAUCUCUCUUUCUGGCAGAACGUUAACAAUGGUAAUAUUAUCUUUAAAUGCUUAAGGCAGAAUAGCUGCAGUUUUUAUGAGGCAGGAUACUAGGUAGUCCUGUUCUUACCUUUUCCAGAAGUUUCAACAAGUUUUUUUUAAAAAAUACGUUAUUUUAGAGCUCUGUUUUUAAGUUGCUUUUUUAAUAGUGUUAUUUGACUUGUCUAUACUUUAGAGUUGUGUACAGAGGUACCUGGGAACCCAGCAUUUCAGCGCGGAAGCUUAUAGCCUAAGGCUGGAGGCCCAAAUGUUCCCUACUCAGUUACCUAGGGAAUCGAAGGGAAUGGGCAAUUCUAGACACAAUAAUCUUAGAUAAGUCUAUGGGUAGCCAACACAAUGCUGUCCGGAGAUAUUGAACUACAACUCCCAUCAUCCCUGGCUAUUGGCCAUGCUGUCUGGGGAUGAGGGGAGGUGUUGUCUACAUCAUCUGAUAUGAACCAUGCUGGCCACCCCCAAAGAGUAAUAGAAUCAGCCAAAGACAGAUGGUGACCUUGGGCUUAAGCCUAACGUGGAGGUGUUGUUUAACUGCUUGGGAACAAUGACCACAGUGCCACGAGAUUUAAUAGUAAUGAUGUUGCACAGAAAGUCCAGUGUGGUCAAAUGAACUUUCUUUCUUUCUUUUUAAAAAAGUCUAUAUGAUGAGAAGUGACAUUGGUUAAAAUACCUAGGCUUUUCAGAACAAGCUGAAUAUGCUCACUAGUUCCUUUGUAAAAUAAAGACACACCUUUUAGAGGAGAGCAGACACCAACGAAACAUUCCACCCGUUUCGUCUAGCGCAUCUUUUCUGGCCAAGUUACAAGGUGAUUGUCCUAGGAGCCCUGGUUGUCUACUCUUUAAGUUUUGUUAAAGUGAUGGCUGUGUACGAGCUGAAGGUAUAAUAAUUAAGAUUAAUGUGCCCUCCAUGUAGAGAUGUGGUGUGGGUAUGUAUGGAAUGUUCUGUGGGUACAUGUAUUGUAGGCUCUAUAUCCAUUUAGGUAAAGGUGAUGCAUAGGUAAAGGUAAAGGGACCCCUGACCAUUAGGUCCAGUCAUGACCGACUCUGGGGUUGCGGUGCUCAUCUCGCUUUACUGGCCAAGGGAGCCGGUGUACAGCUUCCGGGUCAUGUGGCCAGCAUGACUAAGCCGCUUCUGGCGAACCACAGCAGUGCACGGAAACGCCGUUUACCUUCCCGCUGGAGCGGUACCUAUUUAUCUACUUGCACUCUGAUGUGCUUUCGAACUGCUAGGUUGGCAGGAGCAGGGACUGAGCAACGGGAGCUCACCCCGUCGUGGGGAUUCGAACCACUGACCUUCUGAUUGGCAAGUCCUAGGCUCUGUGAUUUAACCCACAGCGCCACCCGCAUCCCCUAAAAGGUGAUGCUUAGCAUGUGACUAUUGCUGUUUCUCAUAUACAUUUCUCUCCUGGUCACAGCCACUUAUUUUGCCUUUCCUUUGGAGCUAUGCUAAGUUAGUGAGAGCAAGUACUGCUUGUACCUGUGUAUGUGUAUAUCCGUGUGCUCCCAUAUCUCAUUCCAGUAAGAGUUCAUUAUCUAUUCCUGCAAUAUAAAAGGUCAAUAUAGCAGAAGCAAAGGAAAUGAAUGUUUAAAAAUAGCAUGUAUUUAAGAAUAAAACCACCUGAGCUUUCCCACCAUAACAUCUUGCAACAAACAAACUGAUAGUUUUCACAGUGGAGGGAAGUAAGCAGUAAUAGAGGUUGAAACACUUACACCGGACUUCCCACACCUGCUGCCCUCCAGAUCUUCUGGACUACAACUCCCAUCAGCCCUAGCCAGCACCAGUCCUCAAAGGCUGAUCAAGUGCAUGACAAAAGGCUAACAUGUCUGAGGCUUAUUGUGUUGGAGACUUGUUGAAUUCACUGUCACAAGAUAGGGUAAUAAUUCCUGGUGGAGAUAACGUUGAAAGAGGAUUUGACAAGCCCUUUGAGCCAUGAUUGCUAAGUGGAAUCUCCAUGUUCAGCAGAAGCAACCAUACUUCAUGCUCUACUUGGGGGCGGCGUUUAUGAAGCAUCACACUGGCUAUUUUUGGAAACAGGAUUUCAGAAUUCAGGCCUGGGAGCUAAACAUGGCCUCCCAGUCUGACCCUCAGGAUUCUUCCCCAGGCUACAAACCCUCCGACAGAAAAGUCCUCUUUCCAUAGGCCAAACUGCUCACUAGCCCUGCUAUGCAGCUUCCUUGGGUGUGUUUUGCCUGGAUCAACUACAGCAUCGAAUUCUGGUUAUGCUUUAUAAUCCACAUUUUCUCCUCUUUCCACUUUUGCCUUUGGCCCCAUCCACCACUGGUUUGGUGAUCCCUGGAAGGAAAUGUGGCCCUCAUGCUAAAUAGUUUCCAGUCUGUUGAAUUAAAUGGAUAAUCCAUCUGAUUCAGUAGGACUUUUAUUACACUCUAAACACUGGACUUUGGAAGCAGAAUGUAGCCUCUGAACUGGCCAGUCAUACACUAAACAUCAUGUCUAGUUUAGCCAGUUUUGCGGUGGGGAGGUGUGGUCACAUGCAUGUUGAAUUAGAGAGAAAUUUUGCAUGUUACAGGCUGAUUCUCUGUUCUUUGGAAGCACUUCCCAUUAAACCCAGGCUAGUUGAUUGUUCAGCUCUGGCAGAGGCUCUGGAAAAACACUGCUGUUAAUUUUGGCUAUUUUUCCAGGGUGACUAAAAGUUCUCUUUGUGUUUCUAUUCAAUACAAACCAGAGUGUGCCACAAGCAGAGAGCAGGUUCAUUUCUGAAGGUGUCUGCAAAGCAUCGGAGCAGAGAUGUCAAUUUCUCAGGCUUGCUGCUGUGUUUUCUAGUUUUGCAAAGAAUAAAUCCAUUACAUUGUAGCAUUUUAACAAGCACGUUUGGGGUAAAUAAAUUUUGAAUUCCAGAAUAUAUCAAAUACACAGCCAAAGUAAAACAAUGAGAAACAUCCAUAAGUAGAGAAAUGGUUUGGAAGCUUUUCUAAAAAACAAAUCAAACAUUCUCAGUGGUGGCACCCUGUCUGUUGAACUCUUCAAAGGGGACAUAUUUAAAUGAAGGCUAAAUACCUUGGGGGUGGGGGGUUGGUUCUGCAGAUGUUAAACACUUCUCUUCUAUUGCAUUUUUACUGCAAAACUGUGUUUGAAAUGUUGCUUUGUUUGUUUGUAUGAGUUUGACCAAACUGUGGGAGGCAGUGGAAGACAGGCAUGCCUGGCGUGCUCUGGUCCAUGGGGUCACAAAGAGUUGGACAUGACUAAACGACAAAACAACAACAAACAUGGUGGUUUUAGAGUUUUAUUAUAUUAAGCCAACCUUAAGUAAGGUUAAUGAGAGAAAAGAGUUGUGGCAUCUGGUGCCUGCCAAAAAUGGAAGUAGUACAGUUCCCAGACACCUUGUCAAACCACUUCCAUCUGGCCUCCCCUUGGCUCCACCAGGUAAGGGUGUUCCUAGUUGCUCCACCCCAACCCUACCUAUAGGGAAGCCACACCUGCCAGUCAUGACGACUCAUUAGAAAUAGAACUUUAGGUUGCAUAGCAGAUGCUGGGGGAUCCUGGCAUGUGUUAGGCCAUGUUUUCAACAGCAUGCUGUUCUUCUCCCCAUCCCUAACCUCCUGGGGUUUUUGGUAUUAUUUACUUAUUAAAUUUAUAUACUGUCCUUCAUCUGAAGAUCACAGGGCAAUUUAAUUAGUCAUGAUUGAUAUACCAUGUAGAUAUACAUGUAUACCAUGUAGAACAAUAUUUCAAAUUGCUUCACAGAAGUCUAUAGCCUAUAGAUUUGUUUAUUUAGUAUGCUGCCUUUGGUAGGAGGUGGCUGUUUAAUCUUUCAGACUGUCAAGGGUGCUUCCCAGCCCAGCGUCUAGGCAGCUAUUCCCAGGUCUGUGCUCUGUGGAGCAGUUGCAGCAACUGGGGACUACCCCCUCCUCCACCAGUUUAUGUACCUUCCCCUGAUGGGCUGCACACAUGUAGCCGGAGACUGCGCCUGCAUGGAAGCUGCCUCUGCUCUUCCCACUUCAGUUCUCUCCUCUCUGGGAGACAGUGGUGCAGGAGAGGGUUGUGAAGCAUCUUGCCCUUCACUUGCUUGACCUGCCUCCAGCUCUGAAGCUUCCCUGCCUCUGAUUCUUGCCUCCUGUCUGGUACAGGUCCCCACCAACCACUGCCCCCCUCUUCCUAGUCAGGGUCCAGCCACCCCUUCCCUUGGUCACCUUGUCAUUGUCCUACCAGUACCUUGCAUAGACCUUAGAAAACACGUUAAGAAGUACAGUGGACGCUCGGGUUGCAAACGUGACCCAUGCGGGAGGCACGUUCACUACCCGCAGCAUUCACAACAUGCAGCGCCGUGUCUGCGCAUGCACAGGUCGCAAUUCAGUGUUUCGGCGCAUGCACGACCGCCGAAACCCGCAAGUAACCUGUUCCGGUACUUUCGGGUUUGGCGCGGUGCGCAACCCGAAAACGUGCAACCUGCAGUGUCUGUAACCUGAGGUAUGACUGUACAGCUGUUUUUGUGUUACGGAAUUUAAAGAAGAAAAGCAGGAUGAAACACAUUCAGAAUAAUAAAAUACUUGGAUGGAGUUUCAAGGGCGUACAAAAAAAAACAUAGGAAAGGAAAAUAUGGCCACAGUUGCAUAAAAGCCUUUAAUUGCUGGUUCAGUUUCACAGACUCAGCUGACUAAUGACAUAACAAAAAAUCUGGUUGCCGAAACUGGCCCGUUAUUUAUAACAAAACUACUAGGCUUCAGCAGCUGUAUCUCCUUUCUCAUCCCCUCCCCCUUUAAUUUGACCAGAGUUUGUUAGAGCUCAGUCUGAGGCCACAAGCAUGUUGAGUCAUAAUGGUCUGUGAGUAUUAUGUUAAGUGCCUUUUUAUUCAAGAAAUAACCACAUGUUGCCUUUCAUAGCCCUCAGUUAAACUCAAUACACAAGCAGUUUCCAGGCUAUUUUCUCUUAAGGCAGGUGCAGUAAAGCAAACAGCUAAUUAGUGUUCACUUCACUUUAAUUACUUUCUCCAGAUAGCCUUGAGGCAAGGAUAAGGUAGCCUGAAAGAUAUAGUCAGCCCUCCCAAAUAAAUCCCACAUAAAAAACACAGACAAACUACUUACUUUAGCCAUUAUCUUAAUUUCCUGAGUCUUGAUCUAUGAAGUAGAAGAAAAUGACAACUAGCAGAGCUCUUUGCAGAACAGACAAUUGACAAGAGUUCAAAAGGCACUGAAUUUAAUAAUAAUCAUCAUCAUGUUUUAAAAGGAUGGAGAACCUGGUAGCUUGAGAACAAGUUCUACUCACCAGUGAUAGUCAGGUAAUCUAGUUGGUUAGAGCAUGAUGCUGAUAAUGUCAAGGUUGCAGGUUCAGUCCCCAUAUGGGACAGCUACAUAUUCCUGCACUGCAGAGGGUUAGACUAGAUGAUCCUCAGGGUCCCUCCCAACUUUUCAAUUCUAUGAUUCUAAAGAUAACUCUCUGCUAAUGACAAACAAGAACACACCUUCAAGCCCUACCUGUGGCAUUCCAAAAGCAUCUGCCUGUUAAGAUGCAAAAUGCUGAACUGACCGAAUGAACUUUUGAUUUGAGCAGAAGGAAUCUUCUUGUGUUCCUUGCAGGAACACAAGACAGUCAUCUGUUGGGAUGUCCUAGCUCUGGAUUUCCUGUUACCAUGCAGGAAUUGGUCUAAAUAAAAUUACAGUGUGCAGGCUGGUGUUGGAUGUUUCACAGUUCUGCUGCCUGCGAGCAGGAGAUCCAAGAAGUUGCAUAUUUAAAAAAUGGAUGUCUAUUGUCUAGUCAGCAGCUAUCCAUCAAUAUGAGCUAGCCUACCUCCAUUAAUCCAUUCCCCUCUCUACAGUCUAUGCCACACUGUUGGUUGUGCAGUGCUGAGGAAUCACAGGUAGAUGUAGGCACAGAGUGAAUUUGUUAUUGUACCCCAGUAACCUCAAUUGAGGCUUCAGCACCUAAAACCUUUGAGGCUAGGCACCUAAAAAUUAAAAUGUGCUCCAUGCACGUGCAGUUUGAAUCUGAUUUAAUUCAAUGCUGGUUUUAAAAUUUGCAUUGUUGCUGUUCAACAAACUGCAGUCUGGAAGAAGGUGCCAUUGACCGUCAGGAAGAAAUUCUGGUUUGCUGCAUUCUAAAAGACCAGUGUUAGUAACCACUGGUUUCACCAGCUUAUUUAUGAGGAAGCAAUUAAUGGGCAUGGACAACAGCAGUGCUCUGAUGGACAGUAUAUGUUCUGGGUGGGAUGGAAAGCCCACCGAACAAAUUAAUGACUAGAUUUGGUGGCUAGUUGUUCUGCACAUCUUCCCAAGCAAAAAUUGCCUGUCCAUGUCCAUAAGACUGCCUACAGCAAAAUAGAUGCUGUCCGAUUUAAUAAAGGGUUGUGCAAGACUGACGUUUCAGAGAAGCAAAACACAGAGGCCCUGAUCCCGAAAAACAGUGGGUGACAGAGAAAGUAUAUUUUCUUUUCCUGUUUGCUUUUGCAUGAAUGUAAAGCACACCAUUUCCUUAAAAGGUUGAGGAGCUGAUUUGAUGUUUCUUGCUCAUUCCUGAUAUUUCUAUAGGGCACUAGAGUUAAUGGAAUUAUUCACAUUCAAAGGAGCUUUUGAAAUGCCAAAAUAUAUUGGGGGGGGGGGGCUGUCAUGUGCCAUAGGAUAGUAUUCGUUUUACAGAGUAUAGCAUGCAGUGUAGGGCAAUAGUAACAGAACUUUAAUCACUGCAUAACUAUGAUGCCCUUUAUAUGGGGCUACCCACAAUGACACCUGGGUCAUUUCUGUUAAUACAGAGUACUGUGCCGCGCUUUCUAAUGGAGUGGAUUGCCAGAGUGUAUUUCAACAGCAACAAUCUAUACUGGUUCCCUCUUGGUUUCAAAGCAUGCUAGUGAGGACCUAUAAAGUCCCAUACCAGGGUGGCCCAACUUUUCUUACCAAGUGGGCAGCAAGAGUACUUUGACAUGGAACCAUCACACUGCUUUCCCAAAGCCAGGUAAGUGUGAGACUGGGCUUUAGGAAGGGGGUGAAAGGCUCUGGCAGGGUCCUAGAAUCCUUACACCUUCUUCACAAUGCUGGGAAAGUGCCAACUAGGCCUUGGAAAGGAGGUUGGAGGACUUUAGGACCUUGUCAGAGCCCUCAUGCCUCCUUCCCAAAGCCUUGCUUACCCAGCUUUGGGAAGGGAGCACAAGGGCUGGUGGGAUGGGGAGAGGGGCUGCCAAAUGUUGCUGAGGGCCACCAAAAAAUGGCCUCAUGUGCGGGGCCACCAGGUGGUGCAUUGGAAGAUGGCCGACAAUAACAUCUCUCCGACCCAUAUGAGGUAAUUAAGAGGCUGCUAUGGGAAGUAUGCAGUCUUUCCCCCCCCCCCAAGGAUAUGGGGGGGACUGCCUUGCCAGCGGUGGCCACAAUGCACCCCCAGAUUCGAAGAAGGGCUUGCGCCGGUCACUUGGCUAAGCCCUCGGUGUGGUUGGCUCUUCCCGAACUCCGUCUCCAAUUCGCGCGUGCUGGCUUGCUUUAACACGAAAAUAUAAUUGGAAUAUAAUUGGAAAUAUAUAAUUGGAAGAUGUUAAAGCACAUACGUCAAGCAAAGGUCGGGAGAUAAGACUGCUGAUUAAUGGAUUUCUGGGAUCGGAGCGGCGGGCGAAGACAAAUAAAUCAAGAGACAAAGCGCCAUUAAGAGAUGGGUAUGUUUGGAGCUAAGAAGGUGGGGUGGAGGAAAAAACUUUUCUUUCUUUAUAUUAUAUUAUAUGAGCAUAAAUAACCCUCCACCCCAAAGAAAAAAGAACCGGCGUAUUUUACGCCGUGUGGGAUGAAUUAAUGAUGAAUGAAGAGAGGAUUGGUAAAGAUCGGAGAAUGGAAAAAUUUUAUGACGCAGUUUUAAAAUGGCGUCUCGCAAGACAGGCUUGUUUAAGAAAGAUGGGGGGAGGAGAACCAGGACUAUUUGAAAGUGAAUGAUGUUUGGAAUUUGAUCCUCUAGGAGAUAUUUUACAAGCCUGGGAAAACUAAAGGGCAGACCGAAGAUAAAUUUUCGAAGGAGGAGUGGAAUGGCGGCUGUCCCUAUGAAAUAUGACUUAUGGAGUGCGUAAAACCCACGCAGACAAUGUUUGUUCUUAACCUGCCUGUGAAGAUUAUCAGAGAUCGCAAAGAAAGGAAUAUAUGACAACAACAAGAAUGAAGAAAGUAAAAAAGAGACUAUCUGGAUAGAACUGGAUAGAACUGUUUAAUUAAAGCAGUAAUAGAAGUGAUGUUUGGAUUCUCGUCCGGAGCUUGAUGUAUGGGUACCCCCAACAAAAUUGAAAAAUUCGGCUGUAUAAUUUGGAAUUAAUGUGAUUUGAAAUAAUGGGAUAUGAUUGGCCUGUUAAUAAAAAUUAUGUUUUUUAAAAAAAUGGCCUCAUGUUGGACCACUGUGUCCUAUCAGUAUUUCCCAGAAUACUUGCACUCUUUUCUGUACAAAUUCCAAGGUCAUUCUGAAACACUUUUGUAAGUACAGUGGUACCUUGGUUGUUGAACUUAAUCCGUUCUGGGAGUCUGUUUGAUUCCCAGAACGGUUCAAAAACCAAGGUGCGGCUUCCGAUUGGCUGCAGGAGCUUCCUGCACUCAAUCAGAAGCUGCGUCGGAUGUUCGGCUUCCAAAAAGCGUUUGCAGACUGGAACACUCACUUCUGGCUUUGCUGCGUUCAGGAGCCAAAACAUCCAAGUACCAAGGCGUUCAACAACCAAGGUGCAACUGUACACAAUUUACAGGUGUCAACUAUUUUAGGUAUGCCCAAUUGACCCGUGAUCACCAACACACGGGUCCUUUUGGACCUGGAAGAUGGCAGAAUGGCGGUGGAACGAGGGCAGGGCGUAAUGGGGCAGGGCAUGCUUAUACGUGCUCUACCAACGCGAGUGGGGUCUGGGAAUGGAACCCCUGCCCAAAAUGGUCGCUGACUGUAUGCACCAAGUUAGGACCACAAAGGUACCAAAGACACAUUCUUCUUAUACUUUUCCCCUCAGCUUAUCUUUUGGAAAUCCAUGGCUUUGCAUCUCAGUCUCAGUGGGCAGGGAUAGGGAAUAAUAGAAUGAACUUAGCAUAUUUUGCUCACCCUUUGGAUGGCAGGAGGCCACAGCCCCAACCACAUGAAAGAAUGAACAAGAAUAGUUUUGUGCUGAUCACUGCUUUGAGGAGCUAGGCCAUAAACAGCUUCGGGCCUCUGAUUCUAAACAGCCAUUGAAAUGUGUCUCCCCUGCAUACAUGAAGGGAAAGGGCAGACUUAAUUCUUGGUACAAGCGGAUGUUAAAACAGUUCCUGCAAGCAUGAUAACAAUUGUUCUUUGACAAUUGUUGCAAAAAACCCCUUUGCAGCUGCACAUAUUAUUAAUGUCUUAUCUUUUAUUAAAAAUCUUGAUUAUGCCAAAUGCUUUACAAGAGAGUGUUUGGUUCCUUAUUUGGUUUCUAUUCUUUCCUCCAUUACAACAGAUGUUCAAACAGAAUGGUUAUGGCCUGUAACGAAGCAGCAUAUAUCUUGUCAAAUGCUUUGCAGAUGCAUUCAAUUUGAAUCCAUUCUUGAAUGCUACCACUUUGAUGAUGAUAAAUAACAUUCAGAGGUUUGGGAAGUGGGGGUUAAGCUUCUAUGUUAAUGCUGUUUCCCCCCUCCCCCCAGCAGUCGAUGUUUUGCUGAAAACCUGCCUUGACUUUUUAGAACUUAUUGAAACUAAUAAAUGAGUUAUGAUGUUAUGAUGUCGUAAUCACCAACACAAAUAGAGCUGAUUUAUACAUGGCAAGCAUUAACCUUUGCCCAAUGGAAAAACUCUAUCAAUCAGUUGACAGUUCGAAAGCAUAAAAUGUUCCAUAACGGUUGAAUAAAGGCCUGUAAUUGCAAUGACUAUUAAAAGAUUUAUGUCAUGUUAGUCUAGUUGUUUAUCUGUUAAGAGUGUAGGACAAAGCUAGACUCUGUCUUGCUAAUAUAUACCAGUAAUAUAUACCAGUAUAAUUUGAGCUUUUAAGGAGUCGCUUUAAAGUUUUUCCUUGCAAGUAGAUCUGUUCACUCUUUUCAGAGCUCUGUGUUGAAAUGGAUGUUUACAUGUACAGUCCCUGUGCCAUAAUAACUUCACUAUGGACCACAGACACAAUAUGCUAUUAGUAGAAAGCAAUGCACUGUGGCAGGUGCCUAAAGAAGCACUAGGGCUGGGUGACCCAAGCAAAGAAACAAGCCAACCCCAAAGGCUUCAGAGAAAGCCUAAACACAAUCACCAGCUAAAAUUGGCCAGAGUCAGAUAACCCUUAAGUGAUAAUACACAACACCACUGGGUGCUUCAAGAUUCAUUAACGAUACUCUUAAUACAUUUUCAAGAAUAACCAUCAAAGUGCAAAACACAGAAAAUGUCCUGAUAUGCUUUGCUUUCAUCCAAGCUGCCUUGCAUUGACUAAGAGUGUUUUAGGCAAGACUUUCAGAUUUAAAUCACUGUGGGCCUCAAGUGACUUCUGGAGUUCAUGAAUUUAACUGUAGGUGAGUUUUGUGGUGCCCAUUUCAGACAUUACUACAGAAACAGAGAAAGAAGAUGCACAGGUUGUUCAUGCUACUACUUUUCCGGAUUUUGAAUUGUGAACUGGCUUGACUCAGAUCAAUCCAAUGACUUUAAGAGUAGAGGAGUAACACAGAGAUCGGUGCUGUAUCUUUAAAUUCCUUGAUGCAAGUACAAGACAAAACAGCCACAGCUGCUGAUUCUCUUGGUCCUUCCACCUACCUGCCAUCAUCCCACCUGCCAUAAUGGACAGAUGACAGAGAAAUGAUGCAGAAGAGAGAAAUCACCUAUAGCGACUGCAGUUGAAUCUUAUUCACAACAAUGCCCCCUUACCUCUCUUCUGCCCCAGCCCACCUUUCCCAGUGUGAUGGUUGGCAUGUUUAUGCUGAAACUGCGAGGACAGUAAAAUCCCAAAGACCACUGGGAGAAAAAUGAUGACUAAUGUGACAGUAGGCAUCAGCACAGAGGAGUUAAAGUAUAAUAAAUGAGUGCAGGCUCUGCAUAUAACCAAGCCCUCACAGUAUCCCUCCCAAUGUGCCUACGUUUGGGUUUGGGGAUCACAAGAGACGAGUUUGGGUUGGUUCAGACAUAAGCUGACUCUUCCCAAAUUUUGAUGAAGUUUAUCUCUGAGUCAACUUUACAUGAGAGCAGAGAUUGCCUGCUACUAAACGUGGUUUAUAGGCAUGUGUAACAGCCUGACAGCCCUAUUUAAAUAGAAAAGCUACAUCUGGGCAGCAUUAGGGGUCAAAAAGGCAAGAGUCUGUGCAUGUGUUCUUAACUCUUUCCCCACUUUCCUUUUCCAGACAUAGCAUUUCAAAACAGAAGGUUCUUUGGGGAAGGCACAGUUUGGAAAAGGAAGACAGUGGCAGGGAAAGGGUUAAGCAAAGCACCCCAUGCUGCUACUUGUCCAGUCUCCAAUCCUCCCUCCAGAAGCAGACAUGACUGUUUAAAAAGGGCCAUCAGGGUACUACUAGCAUGCAUCUGCUGUGCAUAAUGUCUAAUUUGGCCCAUAGCAUUUAUUCUGAGCAGAUCUUGGCAAUAUCUCUUCACAACUGUGAAAUCAGCCAAACUAACAAUUGCAAACAUGACAUUUAUGUUAAUGAAAAUAUUGCCUCAGAAAAGUGCCUUGAAAAGGGGGAAGUGACAGAUUUGUGUUUUAUAGUGUCUACUCGGAAUUAAGCCCUGCUGAGUUGAGUGGGGCUUACUCUCAAGUAAGGAAGCCUAGGGCUGUAUGCUUAGCCAGACACAAGACUUCUCUGGGCAGAAAUCCUUUUCUUGUUGCAUCUUUUACUUUUUGACAUUUUAAGCUUAACCUCUGAGCUGAUGGUUUGCAGGGCAAGAGAUGUUUACUGUUAAAAAAUGUUGUCUUAAUCUCCCUUCCCAGAACAGGAACAAAUUUAACUUGAUUCAUUAUCUGUUUUAUGACAGGAUGCUAGAGCCAGCGGAAACUGUUACAUGAUGUGAGCAACUUAAAACAAAAUGGAGUUUUUCAGCCCAGCACUCUGUGUUUUUACUCUCACUGAGCUGAAUGGGCCUUACUCCCAAGUCAGUGUGCAGAGCACUGCAUCCUUAGUCCUUAAUACAGUACAGUCGUACCUCGGAUGUCUAACAGAAUCUGUUCCGGAAGUCCAUUCGACUUCCAAAGCAUGACUUCUGAUUGGCUGUAGGAAGCUCCUUCAGCCAGUCAGAAGCCGCGGAAGCCCCGUUGGAUGUUCAGCUCCCAAAAGAACGUUCGAAAACCGGAACACUCACUUCCGGUUUUUGAUCGUUCUGGAGCCAGAACGUUCGACUCCUAAGUAUGGGAGCCGAGCUAUGACUGUACUGUGUGUCUCCAUUUUCAAGGCUGAUCUACAAGUCAGGGUUCCAACUCUGGCUGCCUUUGCUGAAGUGUAGCAAAAAGAGAAACCACAGGUCAAUGGUGGAGGAAGGAGCAGGAAGCAAAGGGGCAAAGGAAAAAAAAAGUCCAAGUCAUCGGGGAGUUUGAAAUAGAGAAGUUCAAUCUUUUGCUAGAUUAUCUCUUUCUUUCCUUCUACAGCAGAGGAAAGAGGAGAUAGUAUAACAAAAGACUGAACUUCUCUAUUUCAAACUCCCUGAUUAAGGGUAUUAGAGGUCUGCAACAUAUUGAAUAUCAUUCCCCCUCCUUUUGCUUCCUAUUCUCCCCCCUGCUUGUGUUGAGAAGGCAUUGGCUAAAUCCCAUUUUAGUCAUGGCCUUGUUGAGUGCCCUUGAGUAGGUUGCUAUCUGUCAGCCUUGGGCCUCCAGCUGCAAAAUAUGAAUAACAGAGACCUUCUCAAAAGAAUUCUUCAAAGGAACAUUCAGACUAUAUGAAGUGAAGAACUAUAACUCACCUUGAACCCUGGGAAGAAGUUGGUCUAUAUAGCUUUUAAAAAUGAAUGAUUUGCAGUAAUAUUAGAUAGGAUAUUAUCACCAAACAUAAUACAAAAGAUUUAAUCAUUUUAUUUAUAGUAGAAUUCUGUCCUCGGGUUACUGUGGCCAGACAGCAUGUCCUCCCAUCAUUCAUCACCAUUGGCCAUGUUAGAAGAGGUUGAUCGCAGCUGGAGCCCAACAGCUUAAUGUAACUUAUGGAUCGGUGGAACCACGGAUAAAGUUAUAGGAACUAGAUAUUGGUGCAUAGAUUCUUUCCAAGGACUGGAAUAUACUUUGAGAAUCACGACCCUUAAAAUCUGUUUCCAGUUUUCUUAGGGAAAAUUGCUUAACAUUAUUACACAGAUGGUAUUGCGCUCCUUCGCAAAGGUAAUUUCCCCCCCCCCUUCUUUAUCACCUAAUUGUUGGAGGAGUUGCAAUAAAGUUGGUACAUAUUAUCAUUUAUGGCGGGAAUGUCAGUUUGUGCAAGAAUUUUGUAAUUUAAUUUUGACAUACAUGAUAAAUAUUACUAAAUAAAUAUAGUUUGUUGUCCUAAAUUAAUCUUACUGAAUAUUUUUAAUGAUAUCCAUGUAAAUACAUUGCCAAAAGAACUGGUCUUAUAUAUGAUCUUGGCAGCACAAAUAUUAAUUGCAACUCAAUGGAAAACAGCCCCAAAUCUUGCAAUGGACGCUUGGUACCGCUCACUCUAGAAUAUAGCUAUAGUGGAGAAAACCAUGCGUAAUUUGAGAUUUUGACAAGGACUGGAACCUCCAGACACCUUUUAUAUGAUUUGGCAUUCCUUUGUGGCAUUUACAUCUGAACCGUCAUUUUCAAGACAAGCCUGUCAAAUCUGGAACUAUUGAUGAUCUGAUAAAGUUGAUAGCCUUUAUUUGGACUUUGUUAUUUUAAUUCAGGUGCACCUACUCAUUCUGCAUGCCUAUUUUAUAGUUUUUGUUUUUCACCUUAUAAUUUUUUUGUCUGUUGUUAUAAUUGUUCUCUUUGUUUUAUAUACAUUGUAAAAUGAAAUAACAAAAAGGACUUUACAAAAAUUAAAUAACUGGAGGGCAUCAUGUGGGUUAUACUCUUGGCCUCCAUGGUGCACUUAUAUUAUAAGUAAUCAUGCAGAAAUGGAACUCAUACUGUAUUAGGAGCCUAACUGCUGGGCCCGUGGCCAGCUCUAACCCUAAGCCAGCCACUCUACUACCAGCAGGUUUCAAGGCAUUGAACCUGAGGCUAGCAGUCAGUUGAUUCUGAACUGAACUGAACCUUCUCACAAGGCCGAUUUACCUGAGGAGUCAAGUACCUCUGAUUCCAACAGCAUAGGGGCACAUCAGGCAGGAGACCAGAGAAAGGAGGAAAAUCCAGUUUGCCUGAUUCGGCCUUAAAAUGUAAAACAGAUGUCAGUUUGCAUGUAAUCUAGUUAAUGUACAACUGUGUUCCAUUUUCCCAGAGUUUUCUUCUGGUCAGCUGUAGAGACAGGAUAUUGGCGUAACUGGUCAGAUAGCUCAGUGCAAUUUUCAUGUAAAGAAUUAAAGAAGUUCAGACUCAAGACUCGAGAUUACUUAACCAGAUUUCAGCUACAUCUAUCAUCCCUUAUCACUGGGCUUAUCAGCUGGGCCUGAUGGGAAUUGUAGUCCAAGGUCUGGAGUGUCUUCUAGUGGUGGCAACUCCUUUCCUUUCUCUGUAUUUUCUCUGGCCUGGACCAGACUUAGUUGAACUUGAAGAAGAGAAGAAGAGUUUUGGAUUUGAUACCCCACUUUAUCACUACCCUAAGGAGUCUCAAAGCGGCUAACAUUCUCUUUUCUCUUCCUCCCCCACAACAAACACUCUGUGAGGUAAGUGGGGCUGAGAGACUUCAAAGAAGUGUGACUGGCCGUAGGUCACCCAGCAGCUGCAUGUGGAGGAGUGGAGACGCGAACCCGGUUCCCCAGAUUACGAGUCUAUCGCUCUUAACCACUACACCACACUGGCUUGGGUCCUGUUGAAGCCAGUAGGGCCAAUUAAUUAGGCUGCCACACUGAAAACAAUGGGACAUAAAUGUAGCUGAUUAACUUACAACAAAAUCCUACAAUGUAUUCUCAUAAAAGGCUGAUUAAAUUCAGUGGGGCUUACUCCCAAGUAAGUGUGUAUAAGGUUUCAACCUUGGUGUGGAUCUAACCCUCGGUUUUACUUUAUCUGGAGUUUGCAUGCAGCUGUCUCCAUUAAGGUAGGACGUUUAGCAAGUAUCAUAGAAUCACAGAGUCAUAGAAUUGUAGAGUUGGAAGGGACCAUGAGGGUCAUCUAGUCCAACCACCUGCAAUGCAGGAAUCUUUUGCCCAAUGUGGACCUUGAACCCACAACCCUGAGAUUAGGAGUCUCAUGCUCUACCAUUUUUCCUUUAGGCUUUUCCCCCUUGUCAAACACCUUGGACUUGCAGAGCUUUAAAAAUCAAUUCAGAAACGGGCGAGAAAAUAUUUAAGGAAAACAAACACAAUACAGGAAAUGGAAAGGGGGGGCACUGGAGAAGUGUGAGCACUGUAUCUCUCUUGAUUGUUCUAUGCAGUGGAACUGUGGUGCAUUAUGCAGAAAAGAGCCAUUUGUUUUUUUCAAACAUCUGCAAGGGAAAUUAUCUAAGAUGUAACUAAGCUGCAACUUAGUUUUUUUUAAAAAAAAGAUUUGUUUAGGUUUCUUUUUAAAAAAACAAAAACUUCUUGACAUUUAAACUCUGUGCAUUAAAAUCCUGUUUAAAAAAGAAUGGAUUAAAAUGUGAUUUCUCAAGACGGCACCUGUCAUUCAACGAAUCUUUUACAGAAUGUUGUUUUUCAUAAAAAUUUACCUGAUCUUAUAGCUCACAGAUAAUGCUCUUAGCAUUUAAAAACACUUGAGGAAUGCAAUGCUAUAUUGCAGGCAAGUUGAAAGAAGGUAAUAAGAGAGAUUCUUUGCUGUCUGUGAAAGACCCUUCUGGGCUUGAGGUUUUACAGUGUUGUGAUUUGAGUGAUAUGAUAUAUAGCAGAAACAUCUGAGGCUCAACAUAGAAGUGUGUUAGGAGUAUGUAAUCAAAGGUUAGAGGGAUUUUGCUUGAUUCUUAGUCUAAUACUGCACAGUUCUCAAUUUGGGGACUGAACCCUGGAAUAUUACUAAUAUUUGCCAUUGGCUAUAUUUUUAUCCCACCCUUCCUCCAAGGAAAUCAGGGCAGUAUAUCAUUGGACCCCUUCUCCAUGCACAGAAUGUGCCUUCUUUUUGCCCCACCAAAUACUCAAUAGCAAGCACCCACAUAUUUUAAAUUAAGAGGCAAGUUUCCAGAGCACAGCUUCCUACCAGAACUUCUGGCACUUCUCUUUUUAGAAAUUAAUCCCUGGGCACAACAAUUCUCUAUGUGGAAGAGUGCUGGGAGGAUGGGGGAAAUCUCAGAUAUCCUGGACACCAUCUUGGAAAGGGAUGAGACAUUUCUUCAAAAGCUAUUGGAAUAUGUAACCCUUCUUGGGAGGUGUGGUCUCAGGCACAGGUAUAUAUCCUAUCUAUGGAAUGCUUUCAGGUGACAAUCAAGGAGAAAAGGAAUUGGUAAUAAUGGCUUGUGUCAAGGACACGGAAAGAAUCUUCUCUUUCAUCUUUCCUUGUAAACUAAUAAUAGCUUUUCUGCCAGGAAAGUGUGAACUGACAGGUUUUUAUGCAACUUGCUUACAUGUCCAAAAUGAAGGUUACCCUGGGCAACAGAUAAGAGAAUCCAAGUUAGGCAGAUGCAGAAAGCUGCUGGAGGGAGUCCAUUCUUCAGUUCUAUUUUCCUUAUCUUGGGCAGCAGGCUUCUGCAGAGAAAUCUAACUGUCAAUUUGAAUUUCAGUAGGUCCAGAUGUGCAUCAAGUCAUCAAAUGCUCUCAAAUCCUCCCUUUAGGAAGCUGUGCAUUUCAUUUGUAGCCACAACACCACCUGCCAAUUUUGAAUUUUGAGGCUGUGCAAGAGGUCCCCUCACAUAUGUGGCAUGCUGAUAGCAACAAAAAAUUGUGUGGCACUAAAAGGUGACAUUAUUGGGGCAAUGACGAUCAUUUGAGGAAUAAAGUUUUAAAAAGCAACAAAACUGCAAGUUAUUUUGCACAUACGUAAUACCCUUGAUGUAAGCAUGACCAGUAAAUGGAUCUGUCAAAAGUACUAUGGGUUUUUGGAAGGCCAACAAUAAUUUUCAAAUCAGAAUUUCAGGUUUCAUUUUCAGAGUUGAAUUGCAAAAUAGUGCAUAGCAAUCCUUGCAUAAGGUGCACUGAUGUGUAGUUUUAUUUUCUCUCAGUACUUGCAGUUGAUUCCCUUGCUGUAUCUUAAAGUCUGCUUAUUCAUAACUUAAUAAAGUGGUGAUUGCUUUCUAGAUUCAUGACUACUUUGUCUUUGCAGUUCAGGUAUGUGGAAUAUAUGUGCCAUUUUUUAAAAGCCAGUCUGGUGUAGUGUUUAAGGUUGCCCCCCUAAGCUCACUUACCUGUAAGUCACAUUGCAUUCAACAGGACUUAUAGUUGAAUAAACAUAGUUAGGAUUGCAUUGUAAGAGCAUCAGUCUAGGACUGGGGAGGCCCCAAUUCAAAUCUUCACUCAGCUGUGAAACCCACUAGGUAACCUUGAACCAAUCACCAUCUCUCAAUCUUUCCUAUUUCAUCCUCAUCAUGGUGAGGAUGAAAUUGGAGGUGAGGAACUAUGUAUGAUGUAUUGAGUUUAUAGACAAGGUGGGAUUUAAAUCCAAUAGAUAAUGCCAACUCUCUUCUUUCUACCUUCAUGUUUCCCUUAUGUAUUUUGAUUUUGGUGUCUUUGCAAACCUGAGUAUCAUGCAAAGAGCUAAGAUUAGCUAUGGCUCCCCCUGUCAGAUGUAAACUCAGUGGCAAUGUAUUUCCUGUUGUACAAUUAAGUGGUAGAAGCAUUUGCUACACCAGUGGUGCAAAAAUCAAGUUAAGAGAAAGAGGUUCUGAAAAUAAAAGAGGAAUGAAGGAAUGGUCAGUGAACAUGACAAUGUACAGCUUUUAAAUCCAGAUCUUUGAUCCAGGUAUACAAAUUUUUAUGAGGAAACCACCACCACAGUAAUGAGUUAAUUAGCGGCAGAUAAUGGAAUAUGAUGCAGGCUGCUGCACCUUCUUGCACAACCCUCAGUAGCAGACCAUGUGAUAGUACUCUACCAGAUUAUAUCACCUGGAUUUUUUGCUCCACCCUUAUUUUUGCUCCUCUUCCUCCUGUGGAAGGGCUGUGAUUCAGUGGCAGAACAUCUGCUUUGCAUGCAGAAGUUUCCUGGCUUAGUCCCUGACAUAUCCAGGCAGGACUGGGAGAAACCCCUUCCUAAAACUCUGGAGGCCAUGUCUUAACUUCAGCCAUUAGUUUAAAAAGGUAAAGGGCCCCUGGAUGGUUAAGUCCAGUCAAAGGUGACUAUGGGGUUGCAGUGCUCACCUUGCUUCAGGCUGAGGGAACCAGCGUUUGUCCACAGACAGCUUUCUGGGUCAUGUGGCCAGCAUGACUAAACCACUUCUGGCGCAACGGAACACUGUGAUGAAAGCCAGAGUGCACGGAAAUGCCGUUUACCUUCCCACCACAGUGGUACCUAUUAAUCCGCUUGCACUGGUGUGCUUUCAAACUGCUAGGUUGGCAACCAUUAAAACCUUCUUGUCUAGCCACCGAAACACUGCACCUGUCUCUUAGGCCUUGUUGAAUGUGGAUUAGAAUACAGGCAACCACAUAAACAUCUCCAACUGUUUGUGUAUUUCUGUAACUCUGUAAUUCCUGGUGGAAUUGCUGCUUUCCUUACCUUUACAAAUGUGCUGUUGAAAUGAAAUGGCAAGAGGCAAAUCCAGGGGGUGGCAUCAAAUAGCAGACAAAUGGAGAGAUGCUGGACAGUUCCCAAAGAAUGUUCUUUGGUCGACCACCCAGUUCUGUUUGUUCUGUCACAGUAAUAUUGCUAUCUUCAUUACUACUGUGUUAGUAAGAAAGAUAAUGAUGCACAAAAAAUUGUCUUCUGGAACUGCCACUCUGGCUUAGAAAGAGCUAUUAUUAUUGCCCUUUAUGUCAUUGUAUUGUGCUGUCAUUUUCUUUGCCUCUCUGCUCCUCCUCUGCUCAUUUGCUGCGAGUAUAGUUUUGAGAUUUGAAGUGCAUUCCCAUUUUUAGAGUAAGAUUAAAGGAUUUCUCUAAUAGUAAUUGCACUCUUGGCAAAAAAAGGCAAAUGCAUCUUCAGUUAACAGUUUUCCUAACCUUUCUUUUUCAAGCACUCCUUACAUUAGUAGGAGAAAUGUCCCCCUGCCCUUAUUAAUCUAAUUAUCCUAUAAAUAUAUUGUGGAUAAAAGAAGAUUUUUAGAUUAAUUUCUAAACAAUUUUUGUUGGGGGCUUUGGAAGGCAAAAACAUACCCAAAGCAGAUUGGGAUGUGAAAAUCAGGGUUGAAAACCCAAAGAUUAUUUCCCAAAAUAGAAAGAAGUGUCACAGUUUAAAGAGCUUAGGACAGUCCACAGCAGAGCUUGUGCCUCUUAUGAAAUGGAUUUCCUAUUUGUUUUUGUCUCUGUUCCAUUUACAGAAACGGCUAGAUAGUAAAAAGUGGCAUUCUACAGACUACGAGACAUAAUUGCAGCUACAGAUGGGGCUGAAGACAAAUGUUACUUGAAAGGACAGUCUUUUAAUAGUUGCUGUGUGGGGGCAGGUGCAUCAGUAGUGAGGGAAGAGAGUGUUACAAGGUAGUAGGGGAAUGACAACAUUUUUUUAAAGGCUUUUAAAGAGAGAACAUGCUACAUAACUUAAUUUGCUUGAGUCCUAGGAACCUGAAGAAUUGUCCCUUGCAUGCGAAUCUUCCUGUGUUUUAACAUACACAUCAGAGACCCCUCUCUGUGUUGCCAUCAAGUGGAAGGUAAUCAGGGAAAUUGUCUUUUCAGUGGUGGCACCCUGGUUAUAGAAUGCCCUCUUGAUGAUUGCUCAGUUAGUCCAAUUAGCUUUUAUACAAGGCCAAUAUUUAUUUGCUUGACUUUCAUUUUUUUUUUUAAUUAAUAUUUAUUAAGUUUUCAAAGAAUAACAACCAAAGAAUGACCAAAAUGGCGACGAAGGUAGCGGCUUAGUUAACUUCGUCUGCCUUUAGAUUAAGUUUUAAGUAGUUUUAAGUAGUUAUUUUAACCCCCCUCUGGGUUUUUAUUGUUUUAUUGUUUUUAGACUAAGCCUCAAGUAGUUCUAAGUAGUUUUUUUAACCCCUCCGGGCUUUUAUUGCUUUAUUGUUUUAUUACCGGCUUCGUGCUUCAGCCUUGCUGCCUUGCCGCACCCCCCGCUGUGCAUUUAGUGCUGUGGAGCCGAGUAAUCUUCUGAAACGAGUGAGUGGGGAAGGGAAGAGGUCUGGCUGACUCCCCUGCCGUGAAGGGACUCCCCGUCAUUGGAAGGAAAAAACUCAAGGUGGGUGAUCGGAAACACCGAAAAAAAGGUUGAAGCAAGCCCUCAUUGAGUCUCGUCGGAGUCCCGUCUGUGUGAGUAAGACCAUCUUCAGCAAAAUCAGGCUGAUAAAGAGGCUCGGCUUGGAAAAUAAUUACCAUCCUUCACCUUAUAUUAAUUAACCCCCAGCUUCUAUCAGCUUUCAUCAGUAAAAAGGACACUGGGAGCUGACGGAAGAGCUCUCAAACCUUCCUCCCCUCUUCCCUCUUCCAGCUCCACCAAAGAAACAUACUGAGAACCAGCGCUCGCUGAUGAGCUAAGCAGGAGAAAGCUGCAGAUUCAUCCCUACUCAUCCAUUGGCCCUGCUAAUUAGGCAGAAACACUGGGGGACAACUGGUUUUCUAAUAGGAAGACAACUAUCCAACAUGGUCCUCACUAGAAAGUUAUGUAAGGAGUUGGGUAUCUUGCCAGAUACGCCACUUAGCCCCCCGGGACCUGGAAAGAGACAAAGUAAAAUUAUAAAUUACUUCCCCAAGAGGGAGGAAUGCAUGAGUGAACAAAUUGAACCAAUUAUUGACGAAGUCACUCCUCUCCCCCUUACUUAUCUUGACCGGUCACACUACUUCAAAGAGCUUCAACACAACUCUGGAAACACAAAUUCCCCAAGAAGCCUGGCGCAAGAGCUAGUUCUAGCUGAGAAACUUGUGGAAAAUAUUUCUGUCACCUAUAACCAGCGGCCCCUGGCAGAAUUAACAACAUGCCACCAAGACCAGGCGCCCACUUCCAAAUAUACUCAAACUGAACUGAGUGAUGGCCAUCUUCAGGCCCAUUUCCAAGAUAUAAAUAUAGACCUUUCCAACAUAAAAAUUACUUGACAAUAACAAAUGGGUUAUUGCUGACCCUUGUGGAAAAUUUUAUUCCCCAACCAAAAGAGACAACAGCAACCGAUGCACCCCAAGUGCAUAAACCAGAUGAACUUGUGCAUAACCCAGAUGAACUAGUGAAGAUGAGACAAGCAGUAACAACCAAGAAAUUGCAAAAAAUAGAUCAAAAGUCCGGGAAAAGAAAACUAAGAACAUUAAAACAACAAGGAAAAUAAAGAUAAGCCGACAUAAACAAUGGCAGAAAUUAUUUAAUCUACUCCCAUUGGACUCAAAUAAAUCUGCUGCACGAGAUAAAAAGAGAAUGGCAGGAAGGGGAAAAAGAAGCAAUCGCCAAAGCUAAUGGCUAAGGCGGCAUCUCUGAACCAGAGUUUAGAACUAAGUGGGAGGACGGAAGCAACGUCCCAGAGUUCUGGUAACAGUUCACUCAGUGAGCCAGAUUCUGGGGGAGAAGUGGUCCCUAACAAUGAAGGCAGCAAACCGCUUAGCAAAUCGGGAAACGGGGACGAUGCAAUGCCCAAUCGCGAUGACAACACUAUACAAGAUGGGCAAACCUUUACUCAGGCAAGAUGUUGGAACCUGAUUUUAAAUCCCUCAAUAUUAGUAUUUACAAACUUCCCAAAAUCAAAGGGUUUCCUUACAGGGAAAGAACGAAGAAUGAGCUCCUUGAACGUUCUGAAUGAUAUAUUGCCAGGAGCAGUAAAGCCAUAUGACAUUAUUUCUGUAGAUUAUUUGCAUCAUGAUGGUUGUUCAAUGAGAGCAAUGAUCACAUUUAGAGACCAGAACCUGGCCAAGUUUAUCUACAGAUCAAGAUAUAUAUUCUUAAAGGCCCAGAUAAAAAUUCUCAGAUUUUUUGAAAACAAGGCACCACCGAAUCCCCUUCUGGAAGCCAAGCACGCAAACCCUAGUAAGGAGAAACAACCUCCCAAAACCCGGCCUGGUCUCCAGAAACGAGAGCUUCAAAAAUUAAAAAGGAAAGAUGCCCACCUGCAAGACCUGCAACUUCAAGAGAAUGAAGAUGAGGAUCUUUUUCCGCGGAAGAAAAUACCUUAAUUAGGCAAUUUUGCCAUUUUCCAUCUCCAAUACAAGCUGAAAUAUUAGAAAGAUUGGAUAUGCUAAGAACUAAGCUGGCUGGGAGAGAUAUAAACAAGGAAAUCAAUAUGGACGCCCAUAAAAAGGACCAGACUUCCUAUAAUUUGAACCCUACACAAGAACAAAACCCAGCGGCCUGUCGGCCAUGUUACCUUCAGACAAUGGCUGAGAUUAAUUUACCCCCAAUUAAGGAAGCCCAGCACACUGAAGAGAACACUACACCACCUCCAAUAAGGAGAACCAUCCCGAAGGUGAACUCACCAGGCUCUUGGGACAAGCUGAGGUAUCUAGAUGAGGCGGAAUUAGGCCACAAUCAGGUUCCGGAAAAACACCUACGGAAAGAGAUAACACACUUCAAAGGCCCGGUGACCACUAAUGUCAGUAUUCAACAGUCAACAGCCGAAACUAUAGAACAUUUGGCUAGGUUGCCAUGUAUGGAGAGCAAUGGGCCGGCUCAUAAAAAAGUAAUCCCUAAAAGCACCUUGGGAAAUAAUUGACAAAGAUCAGACCAGAGACAAACACCAGCCGGCUCCCUAUCUCCGCGGAAAUCCGACAUCACUAGAUAUGAACAGACUCAACCCUCACUCACAAAUCAAGCAAAAGCAGUUGUUUCCUUGAAAGACGCACCCAACCCACCCCAGAGCCUUAAAAUUGUCUCCUGGAAUGUUAACGGCUGGGCGACAAAGCAAAUGGAUCCUGAAGCAAUGAAUUUCAUCUCUUCUUUCGACAUUGUAUGCCUCCAAGAGACCUGGUCCCAACAAAGUAUUGUUCUCCCAAAUUAUUGCUCCUUUAGCUCCUGUGCUCAGUAAACUAACCAACAGGGGUCGCCCCCAAGUUGGCCUCGCCUGUCUUAUUUCAACCAGCUUAUCCCUCACUAUUUGCGAGGAAAUUAAAUCUUCCCCUUACUUUCUCACCAUAAAGAUUCAUCUCCCAAAGACCAAAAGCCCAUGGUUGAUAACUACAGUAUAUCUGCCCCCAGCAAUUAAUGAUUUCGACCGCAAUGAAAGGUGGUCUGAACUUUCGUCUUGGCUCCAUGAUCUUCAAACAACUAACCCAGGACUCCCUCAAAUCCUCUUAGGCGACUUUAAUGCAAGAAUAGGUCCCAACGACGAUGAUAUAAUAUCUCCCGCAGCACUCCUGGACAAUCCCCUGCAGCCCCCCUGGGGAAACAGAUGCUCUCUUGAUCCUAUAACAAAUGCGUCGGGAGGCUGAUGGCCCAACUGGCCAUGGAAAACGAUCUCUGCAUCGCAAAUGGUAACAUUACUCCCUUGUCCUCGCAGCAAUUAACGUGCAUCACUUCCCGGGAACCAGUGUUGUCGACUACAUUUUAUUGACGCCGGAGCUAUUCUCAAUUUCUACAAAAAUGGAAGUGGCUGAAUAUUUUGGUGGUGACCACCUUCCAUUGACUCUAAUGUUAAACCUAAUAGAGCCACUUCCAGUCCCCUCAAACUAUAGAACCAUGGUACAAAGCCACCCUGUAUACAAAACAAAGAAAUGGACAAGCCUCAGCUCCUCUCUUGCCCUGGACAUACAAAAAUCAUUUGAUAUGUCUGCAGUUCCCUCUGAUCCAAUCCUGCCCGCUGACCAAUACCGGAAAUUACUUGAUGCUUUCUCAACAACUUACAUAACCACCACCUCGCCUACUUACCAACGCCUCUUCUCUAAAUCGCCCUGGUUUGACAAGGAAUGUAAAGCCCUAAGAAGGCGAAUUAGGAAAAUGGUCAGAAUCAUCAAAUCUUCCAACGACCCCCAAACCCGUGCAAAGCUCAUAGAUAUUAAAAGGACAUAUAGAAACAUGAUUCAUUGCAAGAAACAACAGCACAUCCUUGAGGCUUGGUCCACUCUUCGUUCGGCUGUAGAGAGGCAUGACUCCCGCUCCUUCUGGCGCCUAGUUAGACCUUCGGCACCAUUCAAUCCAGCUACCCAGAUUUCCGCUGAUGAAUGGAUUGCCUAUUAUUCAACUAGUUUCGCUUCUCCAAACCAUCUUACAGAUCUCCUUCAAUCCCCGUCGGACCUCAGUUCCUGCUCUCUUAGUCCCACUUCUUCAAUAAACUUUACCUCAACUCGCAUUUUCAACAUCAUAAUGUCAAUGCAAAGGAAUAAGGCCCCGGCCCAGACAUGGUCCCGUUGGACCUUUUCCUGACUGAUCCUCUUUGGUGGAGCGAACACCUGACUCCUGUAUUCACCGCUAUCUCCUCCGCCCUAGACAUCCCUGACUCCUGGAGAGAAGCUAUAAUAGUUCCGAUCUUCAAAGGCGGCCAGCCAAACAUCCCUAGGAACUAUCGCCCCAUCAGCUUAUUAUCCAUCCCGGGGAAAUAUUUGCCGCUGUUUUACUGGAGGAACUUCUCUCAUGGGUCCAGGAGAGGAACAUUCUACCGCUAGAACAGAUUGGUUUCCGAAAGUCAGCGUCAACCAUGGACCAUUGUCUAACUCUCUAUCACCUUGCCAGUAAAUACACUGCUCCAAGGCAAGGCCACCUAUUUGCCGCUUUCAUGGACCUGGAGGCCGCCUUUGAUUCCAUUCCUAGGCAGAGAUUAUGGUCCAAACUUGCCCAUCUGGGAAUUGAUCCGCACCUCCUCUCCCUAAUUAUCUCCCUUUAUUCAAACACCACAGCUCGCGUCCGAACUGGUCCUAACGGCUCCCCACUACUCCAUUUCCAACGGCCAAGGGCGUCCGACAAGGUUGUCUCUUGGCCCCUUUACUGUUUAAUCUCUAUCUUCAUGAUGCAAUUUCCACUUUGAAGCUAGCAUCUAAGUAUCCUCCUCACUUAGCAGGCCACCCCGUUGCUUCCCUUUUCUAUGCUGAUGAUGCCGUCAUCUUAUCCAGAACAGUUGCGGACCUAGCAAAUGCAGUUAAUGCAUUUAUCGCCUAUUGUAAGGCGGAAGCUCUUAAUAUUAAUUAUAAAAAUCGAAAGUCCUCCACUUCACUCGUUCCCGCAAACUCAAGUUGGAGCCGCUUAAGAUCACAGGUGGCUACUUAGAAAAGGUAAAAGCCUUUAAAUAUCUAGGAUUAAUAUUCACCUAUAAUCUCUCCUGGACCACCCAUCUACAAUCUGCCUUUCUCGCUGCAACCACGACCUCUAACGCCAUUGUCCGAUUUUACCACCAGAAGGGCGGCAAACACCUUCCAGCAGCAAUUCAAAUAUUUAAUGCCAAAGUCGUCCCUAAAUUAUUAUAUGGAUGCGAAGUAUGGACUACAGCAAUAUCAGGUAACCUGGAUCGCCCACUUCAUAUGUUUCUGAGAUCUCUUUCCGGCGUCCCGAGAUGUGUCUCAGGUGCAGCCCUACGACUCGAGUUCGCCCAGCCUUCAAUUGUUAGACGAGCAUGGAGUCGAGCCAUUUCCUACACCUCCCACCUAUUAGCAUCGGAUGCUCGAAUUAGAGGUGGCUUUUCCAAUCUGAUCCUAAGAGAUAUUCAUAAUUCCCCUUGGAAAACUACAAUUAACCUCAAAUUCCGCUCUCUUCUCAAUUUGAAUUGUAAAACUGUUCUUAACUUAGAGUGUAUCAGCCCGGUGGCCCUACCCCUAAUUAAAAAGAAACUACAGCAACUUGACUUCUCCAACACAGCUUCUUGUGCAAGAGGACCGUGUUCAGGCCUAGCCCUAGCUAUUCCACCCCCUGAAGGGAUCCCUCUAUACUGCUUCACAAUUUCUUCGGAGACUAAGCGAAGGGCCUUUACCUGUGCCCGUCUCAACUGUUUCCCUACAGCAGUUCUGUCGGGUCGUUAUUCCAGAGUUCCCAUCGCAAACAGAACAUGCUCCUGUAAUGACACGGCCCUGGAGACUAUGGAACAUGUAAUGCUCUUCUGUCCCAACUGGACAGAUGAAAGAUCUCGGUUUUUAACUCCCUCGUGAAUAAGUUCCAUCUCCCAAUCCAGCCUUGGAUAGUGUCCCUCUUUUUGCAGGAUUCUGAUUGUUGGAUUACCGAGAUGACAGCUAACUUCCUGCUUAGUGUGAUGAAGAGGAAAGCGGCACUAACUUCUUCCUUAACACCACAGCUGCAGUCGAUACGCCGCACAACCGAACGAAGUUCCAAGUAGCCUUAUUGUACAUGGACAAUCGAGUUAGGACUAAUCUGAGGAGCUGAAGGACCCUUCAACGGUCCUCCUCCAGCCUCAGCAGUUUUUGUUUUUUGUUUUUUUCACUUUUUUUUAAGUAUUCGCCCAGGACGAUAUCUACCUCUACCUCCCCACCCCCAUUUUAUGUUGUUAUUUCAAUGUAUAUCAUGCUAUGGCCACUCGGCUAAUGCAAUAAAUCUAUGUUGUUGAAAAAACAAAAAUUUCCAAAAAAAUUGAAAAUACAAAAAGCAAAAACGAUAAAGAAAUAAAAAAGAAAAAAACCAACCAUAAAGAAAAAAAGAAAAAAAGAAAAACAAAAGUAUAAAAUCAUUUACGAUCUCUAUUAACUUCCUUUCUAGACUUCCUCCUCCUCCCUCUCUUGUUUCUUAAUUUUUAAUUUUUACAGCAAAUCCUUUCUGUUUUUUCAUAACAUUCUAUCAUUACAUUUCCUUAUUCUAUUUUCCCUCUUGUCAUAUAAAAACUUUAAAACUCAAAGCUUAUAUUCAGUAUUUACCAAAUUCUUACAUCAUUACCUUUUUGCAAAUCAUUUACCAAUCCUUACUUAAGCCAUAUAGUUUCAUUCAACAUCUUUCAAACAUUUAUGAACGUUCCCAAUAUUGAAAAAUAGAAAAAUAAAAUAAGAUAAUAAGUCAGACACAAUCCAGUCAACUUCCAGCGCCCUCCCCUGGACCCGGGAUUGUCAGUCCUUUUAACCUCAAUAGUCCGGCUCCUUAACCUGGUUGUCUCGUGUCCGAGGCCCUCAAAUCUCUUUCUUGCCCCUUUCGCAGCUCUUCUUGAUGUUUCCCUUUCAGUCGUGGGUACUCCAGCAGAAAGAUACUUUUGACCCUUUGCAACAAGUCCAUCCCAUGCCCAUUGUCCAAGCCAGACAGCAGAUAAUACCACUUCAAGUUUCCUUGAAACUUGGAGGCUCCGACUACUCCAAUCCUCUGAUGGCCCAUCACCAGACUCGGAAAGUCCAGAUAACCAUAUAAAGGGGGGUCAAUCCAUCCCCCAUUUCCAAAUCUAACCACAUUUCAUCUUUCCGAAUCUGAUUUAUCCCAAGUUCAUUUAUCAAGUUCAAAGGCUGAUCCUGCCGGUCCAAAGGUCCCUCCAUCUCUGAAGCCUCCAUCACUACAGCAGGUUCAUAUACUUGUAGAUAUUUUAACUGAGUUCCAUUUACUUGCUGCUGUGCUCUGGUAACUUCCGUCAUCAAGGUCGUCUCCUGACGCAUCUGGUCCAGCUGGGCACUUAGUUUUGAAAAACCUUCCAGGAACAUUUGUUCAAGCCUUUGUACAAGCAUUGUCCUUCAGGGUCAAAGAAAAUUCUUUCCCACGAUUAUAGUCCUUCACUUUUAAGCUCUCUGCGUUGCAGUUUCACUAAAUCCCACUAGAGGGAAAACCUUUUUUUUCCUUUUUUUUUAUAACGGAGAAUAUCAUCAGCAACAGUCUUUAUUUUCAAGUUACACUUUAUCCAAAGUUCGCCCUUCUAUUUUCAAGAGGGAACAGUGGAGUCACAAUGUUACCUUUCUUUUAACUAUCUGUCGAGCUGGACAAGCUUCAAGACGUCAGUUCUGACAGCCCGCUCCUGGUUCAGGGCGGUGGAAAAUUACUUUGUUUUAAACUCACUUCCGCAGGGUUAUAAAGUCCAAAACAACCCCCUUCUUCUCCUGCAGUCAAAGGGGGGGUUCAGAAAUCUUAGGUGUUGAAUUCUAGUUCUCUCAGAAUUUAAUUUUCAAGCUUUAGUAUAUUUUGUCUUUGCUUUCUUCACGUAACAAAAGAACGGAAGGUUGACUUCCUGCUUAGACCUUCUCAUUCCAAGUCCCAAUUAAAUUCAAUUUCAAGUCCAAUUUAUUUAUUUAUUCACCAGUCUUAAAAGUAAUUCAGCUCUUCCAAGAUCAGGUACUCACGGAUAGAUGUUUUAGAUGCCAAAUUGUCCCAGGAAAAAGGCAGCGCUCUCCGGAAACGGCAGUGCGGCUUUGCUGCACGUAAGAAGCAGUCGACUCACAGCACCACGCACCUCCACUCCGGAGCCCGUUACCGGGCUCCUGUACAAGGGAGAGAGCGCUCACGGUGCCCGCUGAGUCCCACGUCCACAGGCUUCAUCCGCCUGUGGGUUUUAAGGGUCCCCGCUGCGCCGUAGCGGUAGGACCCAAGCUUCCGUGCAGCGGGUUCCCUUCAACUUGAAGGGAAUUCCGCCAUUUUCCGGAGGCGCCACCCCGGAAGUCCUAUUUGCUUGACUUUCAGAUGCAAAGAGACAAAGAAUGAUUCCCUCCCCAGCAAGUACAGUGGACCCUCUGGAUACGUAACUUUCGGGUUACGAACGCGGCAAACCCGGAAGUGUAUACUUCCGGGUUUCGCCGUGUGUGCACAGAAGCAGCACCUCUGCCUACAGACUUUACAGGUUUUGGACGGACCCCCGGAACGAAUUUAAUUUACCGUAUUUUUCGCUCUAUAGGACACACUUUUUCCCCUUCAAAAAUGAAGGGGAAAUGUGUGUGCGUCCUAUGGAGCGAAGACGCCAUAGCCCCGCGACCCUCUCCCGGCUGGAGAAGUGACGUGCGACUAUGGCAGGAGCCUCUACAGCCGCGCGUCACCUCUUCAGCUGGGAGAGCGUGUGCGGGGCUAAAGAAGCACCCCACGACCCUCUCCCGGCUGGAGAGGUGACGCGCGGCUAUGGCAAGAGCCUCAAUAGCCACGCGUCACCUCUCCAGCCGGGAGAGCGCGCGGAGCUAAGAAGCACCCCGCAACCCUCUCCCAGCUGGAGAGGUGACGCGCGGCCAUGGCAGGAGCCUCUACAGCCGCGCGUCACCUCUCCCGCCGGGAGAGCGCGCGUGGGGCUAAAGAAGCACCCCGCAACCCGCUCCCGGCUGGAGAGGUGACGCGCAGCUAUGGCAGGAGCCUUUAUAGCCGCGCAUCACCUCCCCAGCCGGGAGAGCGCUCGCGGGGCUAAAGAAGCCAUAGCCCCGCGACCCUCUCCCGGCUGGAGAGGUGACGCGCAGCUAUGGCAGGAGCCUCUCCGCUGCGCCUUUCCGCUGCUCCCUGACCUGUUCUUUGGGGCUGGUGGUAGGCUUCCCCCCGCCAGCCCCAAAGAGCAGGUCGAAAGGAACCUGAAGCCUGGAGAGCGAGAGGGGUCAAUGCACACCAACCCCUCUCGCUCUCCAGGCUUCCAAGGUAGCCACCUGAACGCACCUUAAACGGCACCUUGUAUUAGAGCGGGAUAACAAGAGGGGGAAUGUUCUCCCCCUCUCUGCGCAGCGCCUCCUGCCGCUUCGCUGAAGGGGCACUGGGCAGAGAGGGGGAGAAUUUUUUUUUUCUUGUUCUCCCCCCUCUAAAACAAAGUGUGUCCUAUUGUCCGGUGCGUCCUAUGGUGCGAAAAAUACGGUAUAUCCAGAAGGUCCACUGUACUUGCAAAAAUCCUUCAGUUUUCGAAAGCACUCAGUGAGGGUGGGGGGAUAGGAAGAUGUCAUUCCUGAGCUGAAGAGGGGAAUGUUCAUGCAUCACUAUGUUCCCCGAUUCUCUUGCAGAGAUCAUAGUCCCAAGAGAGCAGUCAGAAUACUUACAUCUUAUUACAAAAGCUCUGGCUAUCUAGACACCUUUCAAAAAGUUGUGGCAUCUCCAAAACUGCUAGUUUUACGGGCAACUCCAGAUGCACUUAACAGGUGUCAGCUUCUCCAAAUUUCUCUAAACUGUAACUGUAUCAUAACAGGAGUAGAGAACUUCUUGCAUUAAGGCAAAAUUGGCCCAGCAUGGGUACCAGUUUGGCUCAGGAAGCCAUUCCCCAUGAACCACUUCCUCAAAAGAUGACACUUUGACGUCAGGUGAGGGACAGGUGGAGGCGUGGCUUCCAAUGCACAGUCCAGGGCCUUAAAGUGCUAUCCUGGUUGUGCUUUAGCAAAGGAGGCUUGGUGUCACUGCCAAUCCCAUGAGUCAACAUUAAAAACCACCAACUCACAACAAGGGGGGUCAGAAAUUGUUUCCAUGUAUGCUUAACAUAAGCGAUGCGGGUGGCACUGUGGGUUAAACCACAGAGCCUAGGACUUGCCAAUCAGAAGGUCGUGGUUCAAAUCCCCGCAAUGGGGUGAGCUCCCGUUGCUCGGUCCCUGCUCCUGCCCACCUAGCAGUUCGAAAGCACGUCAAAGGGCAAGUAGAUAAAUAGGUACUGCUCCGGCGGGAAGGUAAACGGCGUUUCCGUGUGCUGCUCUGGUUCGCCAGAAGCGGCUUUGUCAUGCUGGCCACAUGACCCGGAAGCUGUCUGCAGACAAACGCCAGCUCCCUCGAGCUAUAGAGUGAGAUGAGCGCACAACCCCAGAGUCGAUCACGACUGGACUUAAUGGUCAGGGGUACCUUUACCUUUACCUUAUGCUUAACAUCACUUUCUCUCCCCACCCCACCAACUAUCCCUUUCCCAUCUUCUUUGCAAUUGGGAAGGUUGAAAAGAUCAGGAAGGGAAAAGGAACAAUAAAACUGUAAAAAAAGAAGUUUAAAAUAUCAGUAUUGAUUUUUAAAGUGGUCAUUCCUCCCCACCCACCAUGAAUGUUAUGUUGUGCAACACUUUGCAGUCCUCUGGUGGAAAAGCACCCUAAAAAUAUUAAUACAAAUAAAUACAAAGACAGGGAGGAAUACUUAAUUCAUAAGUAUAUGAAGUCAGAAGCAUUAGACAGCCCAGCUUGUGAUCCUAGAGGUUGCUUAGCAUCCAAUUCUCUUUGUGACAGAAGAAAGAAGUAAAAUAAUAUUGAAAGGGAAAUUGGUACUAAAGAAGCCUUUCUAGGUCAUGAUUCUUUUUACUCUACAUGAAAAUAAAAAAUGCAGGUUUGGUUCCUGAGCUCCAUGAACAAACAGAAAUGCUUAAGAGGGGCAAAAAGAAGGCGGAGGCAGGAAAGUCCCUUUCUGUCACUGCCUUUCAUUGCUAGAACUCAGGUUCCAGGCCAUUGUUUCCUUUCCACCUGCGCUUGUCCUUGUCUGCUUUUCUCCUGGUUGAUUGUGAAGAGCCACUUGAGGGAAAGUGGUGUGUGAAGUACCUUUAAAGUGUUUACAAUUGCUAUCUAAAGGGCCUGAUCCUGAUCCUUAGCAUUUCUGUAAUAAAUUAUCUAGCAAUGUAGGCUGGUUCACUUCACAGAAGCACCUUGGGGUGGUGAUACCAGGCUUCACUUAGGGUGGCUGAGUGCCCUACUUUACAAAGGACAGUCCUCCAUUUGAAGAGCUGUCCGGUUCAAGACCAGUUUUAAGACAAAGAAACAUCAGAAAGAGGAUCAGCAAUACCUAUCAGCAAUACCUGAACAGCAAUAGUGAGAUAAUUAUGCUUUGUUUAAAUUAUAAUAAUGCUUUCUAAAUGUUUACCUACACAUAUGCAGAUCUUAUGCAAACCCCUUUCUUUCUCUCUCUAUUUGGUGAUAUGUGUAAGUGGCUACUCUAUCUCCACUCAUUCUGGGACACUAUGGGAACUUCACACUUAAUGAGGUUUUAUAAAAUUGCAGAGGGCUGAAAAGAGGCUGAUGGAAUCUUGCAAAUCGUUGGGGCUGCAAAUACAUCCUCCCCAUGGAGGUUACCCACUGGUGGUCCCAGUAUGUUCCCCAAAUGCUUGCAUGGCCAUUGCUCCUUCCACAAGUGUCAGCAGGGCCCAUGGAAUCAUACCAGAGCUGGUGGCAAUUCUCCUCCAGAGUCCUAAAAGCAGUAUGGUCGCUUUAGGAGCUGUAAUUCUGGGAAAAGCUUACCUACAUAGUUUGAUGCUUUAUAUCAUAUCGUAGGCCUUAGCAAAACCGAACAUGCUAUGUAUAGUUUUCUCUGCUGCAUCUAAAGCAGCUUGAUCAAAUACCAUGGCAGAUUGGACGCAUGAUGUGUUUAAUUUGCAGCAUGCUUCAAUGACCAGGCUAUGUAUGAAGAUCCCCACAAACCAAGUAGACUAAGAACUGACUCGCCAUAUAUGUGACACUGAGUAUUUGCCACAGUACAUGCAUAAACUACAAAGGGGAUAUUUCCAAACACACUGUGCGUUAUUUGCACAGAACCCUCAGUACACAUGGCAUUUUAGAGUAAUAAAAACGAAGGGUAGGUUCCUACCUCAAGGAACUUACAAACGAAUUUUAGCUGGGAAAGGGGUUGCAGAAGACGACAACAGUGGAAGGGGAGGAGAGAAUAAGAGAUGAAUUUCAGCAAAUGCAGUUACAUGUAUUGGGGCUUUGUUUCAGAUAGGCAUGAGGAUUAAUGCUGGACUUAGACAGUACAAGAGAUGGGGACCUCCAGCAGAACAGUAUCUCCUUAUUCUCUUCUGUUUGGUAGCAUAGUUAAGUGUUACCCCAAAAGUGUGGCAUGACAACAUUGUGUUCUUAGUGCUCUUGCCCCUGCUCUACUUCAUUGGCGGCUGCUUGUGUGAGGCAUGGAAAACUCAGCUUGGUGAUAGUUCAUUAUAAGAUUUGUGUUACUAAACCUUACUGUGGGAGAGAAGAGGCAACAGACUUCUGUUUUCAGUGGGCAGCUGUAUAUUGCCUGCAGCAUCUCAUUCUGACCUAAGGAUUUAAGUCAAAGUACCAGGAAGUUGCAUCCCUGCUGUGGUUCAUGUCCACUACAUUCUCCUGAAAGUUGAUAGACACUUGGCAUUGUAUUUUGUUAUUGUAUCCAACACUAGUUAAAGCACUGGUGUGCCAUGGAGUCACAGGAAGUGUGAAUGGGUUCUAACAAAUGUAGUGCUAGGUGCAUUUUUGCUCUAUUUUAAGCCCCUCAGUAAAUAUUCAACAGAUACACCAAGUUUUAAUUCUGUGCCCCUGCUGUGAGGCUGGCCAGAAGCAGUGCGCUUGUUCUUGUGCUACUGCUGUCAUGGCAACAUGCUCUACCACCACUCCUACUGAGAGGUUUGUAGGCUCAGCAUUGGUGCUUUCCUGUUGCUAAGCAUCUGCAAUGCUUGCUCCAGGCAGGAUUCACUGUUCCUUAAGAGUAAGUACAGAGCAGCAACAUGUUAUUUACCUCACGGAAACCAGUCCCUGUUACAAACACAAAUACACUGCUGCUCUGUACAUACAUACAUACAUACAUACAUGUAUGAAAGAGAGAAAGCACAAUAUGUUCCGUACUGUUGUUUGGCAGUAGGUACCUAUAAGUUAUACAAAAGUUGUUUCCACAAAGAAUAUUCCUUUGCUUGAGAAUCUGAAACAAGCAGAGUAGAGAUCCUCUCCCCUGACACUCACUUUUCUUCCCCUCUUCCUACUUUGCAAACUGGGUUUCUUCCAUUUUAAUUUUUCAGUGAUUUCAGUAUGAAUAAUGGGAGCAUAAUUUCCUUGAAUCUAUUAUGUCAACCCCACCUCAUCUAUCCUAAGGUUUAUAUCUAAAUCUCUGCUGUUCUGGGUGCUGAAUUUGGUUAUAGCGCAGGACAAAAGGCUACUUUCCAUGCUAAACAGGUUUCCCAACAUAAAGAUAGGAACCCCGAGUGACCAAGUUCCCAGCUCUGUGUUGGAGCACCUAUGUAUGAGUAAGGCAGCACUCUUCAGACUAAUAUAAAUUAUCUGUUUAUUAUUAAUUAAAGUUGUAUACAGCUCUUCAUCUGAAGAUCCCAGGGCACAGUUCACGACAGAAUAAUACAAAAUGAGAAAACAAAAUCCAUUAAAAAGCAAAAAAACAAAAACAAAUAACACCUCUUCCUGCAAACACGUUUUAAAAGCCACAGACUGUUAAUCAGCGGAAUGGCUGUUUGAAGAGAAUUUUUUUUGCCUGGCACCUGAAGAUAUGUAAUGAAGGCUCUCCCUGGGGAGAGCAUUCAACUAAUGGGGAGCCACUGCAGAAAAGGCUUGUUCUCAUGUUGCUACCCUCCAGAACUCUUGUGGAGGAGGCUUGCCUUCACUGCCACUAGGAAGUCUAAAUGAUGAGCCUCACCAGUGUUCGACUUCAUUCAACCAGAGUCGUCCCCGUCCCCCUCCCCCACUCACAUUCAAGCCGUCUCCUAGUUUGUUUCCCUGCCCUAAGCUCUGUAGUACAGCAGGGAGCCAAGCGGGCUACAUAAAGUGUAGUGUAAUACAGUAUACGUUUUCAAACAAAAUAACUAAUAACUGACUACCACCACCCUGCACAGACACCUUUUCCAGCUAAAGUAAGUUUAUUGUGAUCCAGCAAAGUCAAUCUUCAUGCUAAAUAUACAUUAUGGGAUGGAACCACGUUGGGAGAAGCAGUGGCCCACAUCAAGCAUUUGGUGCGAGUUCCUGGUGAACGGAUUGUUCUGUUGGCUCUGACUCCAUUGGUCAUAUGUUUGGGGAUGCAAUUACUGAAUAUUUUUUUUUAAAAAAACUUUAUUGAAAUUCAAGAAUAACAUAAAUAAUACACACACUCUUAAUUCGAUAAAAAAGAAAGUGUCCAUGUACAAAUAUUCUUCUAUGAAUUUACAAAAAUUAAGCUUAGGUUAAAUUUGUACAGUCUCCUUUUUCCUGUCUUUUUACUAACGUAAAGUAGGCUUCCUAUCAUUACCCAAUGUAAAGUUCCUUUCUAGUGUUGAAUGUACUUCAUUGUAACCUUAUUCUUUCUGUAUUUUCUAAUACAUUCUUACAACAGUUUGUACCCUUUACCUUAUUUCUACACUGUCACUUUAAAAAGGGUCAUUCGAAUGCUGCCAUAGUUAUUAUACUACUAUUAUAUUUUUGUAAGUAACUCUUAUACAGUGAUUACUGAAUCUAGGUGUCCCCCCCCCCACACGUUUGUUGAGCUGACAGUUCCAACCAUCUGUUACGCACAAGAGAUCCUUAUAGAGAGUAGUGGGUGAGGAAUGUGCGUCUGAAUCUCUAGAGCAGGGUGUGUGGUUGCUGCAGCCUGGUAAACAAUUGGUAGCGUGUUACCUUCACAGUUCUGUAGAAAUUGGUGUCAAGAUACAAAUUUGUUUCAGUUGCUGAUUUCUCUUAACCAGAUAUCUUACUUCUGACGAAGUAUUUCUAUAGUCUGUAUAACUCCUGUUGCCUGUUUUACUAUAUUGCAACACCAUUUAUUGUUUUACAACUGGGAUUUCCAGUUCGAAGGAAAUUUCAUGAUGGCAUUAUGUGAUUAAGAAAUUACAGUGUUACGAAGAACAUUGAAUAGUAAUUUUUGGACUUUAAUUCUUGUGAAGGGGUUUGUAGGUCUUGGUGGGCUAAGAGACAGGUUGCAAAUAUACAGACUUUUUUAAAAAAGAAAUGCUUCCUACUUUAUUAAUUUACCUUAUUAAAACGUUUGUUGUUGUUUCUUGUAUUCACAUCUAGAUCAAAAUAAAAAAUUAUGAUAGCAACAGGAGGAGUCAUAACAGGACUGGCUGCCUUAAAGCGGCAAGACUCUGCCAGAUCCCAGCAUCAUCUAAAUCUUGCGACAUCAGCAGCUACCGAAGAACAAAAGCCAGUAAAACGCCGACCCAGAGCAGAUGUAGUCGUGGUCCGAGGCAAGAUUCGACUUUAUUCCCCAUCAGGAUUCUUCCUUGUUCUGGGAGUGCUUAUCUCAUUUCUGGGGAUUGCUAUGGCAAUCCUUGGCUAUUGGCCUGAAAAGGAGCCUUUUCCGGAGUCUGAAUACAGCUUGCCACUAAAUGAUACCCAAGUCAUAGAAAAAGAAGAUGGAAUUAUAAUUCGUUUCUUUGAACAGCACUUGCAUUCUGAUAAGAUGAAAAUGUUGGGGCCUUUCACUAUGGGGAUUGGAAUCUUUAUAUUUAUUUGCGCAAAUGCUAUGCUCCACGAAAACCGUGACAAGGAGACAAAAAUCAUACACAUGAGAGACAUCUAUUCCACUGUCAUUGACAUACAUACUCUGAGGAUCAGUGAACAGAAGCAGCUAACUGCGGCCUACACAGGCUUAGUGGGGGAGAAUGAAGUCAAGCACAACGGAAGCUCUUUCGCAUCACGGCUGGCUGCAAAUACAAUUGCACCCUUCUCAGGCUACGCAAGCAACUUUCGAAUAGACAGCAGUGCUGAGGAGGAGGAAAUUGCGGCUAGUGAUGGCAAAAACACUACUCAUCUUCUGCCACCUUUGCUUACUGAGCGCUCUGGUUCAGUCUUCGGCCUUUACCCUCACUCUGGAAAGUCAAAGGAUGAUAGGAGUAGCAGCUCUUUAAAGUGUGAAACGAAGUCAAUUGUGUCAUCCUCCAUCAAUGCUUUCACGUUACCUGUAAUUAAACUAAAUAACUGUGUUAUUGAUGAGCCCAGUAUAGACAACAUUACUGAGGAUUCUGUUAGCACUAGAGGCAGGCCUAGAAAUUUAUCCAUGGACUCUCUACCCAACGACAUGUACAAACAUUCCAGCACAUUGAUACCAAGAAACAGUUUAUACGGAGACUCCUCAUCCAAAUCUUCUAUGAAUCUUGGGCCCAGUACAGGAAAGCUUCUGUCACCUGGUGCAGCCAGAAAACAGUUUGGGUCCAACACCUCUUUGCAUCUUUUGUCCGUGCACUCAAAAUCCCUAGACUUAGAUAGGGGCCCUUCUACUCUGACUGUCCAAGUUGAACAAAGAAAACACCCAAGUUGGCCAAGACUGGACCGGAGCAACAGUAAAGGUUAUAUGAAACUAGAAAACAAAGAAGAUCCAAUGGACAGGCUGCUUGUGCCAUCAGCAACAGUCAAGAAGGACUUUACUAACAAAGAAAAACUUCAAAUGAUUUCCAGAUCGCAUAAUAAUUUGAGUUUUGAGCAUGAUGAGUUUUUGAGUAACAAUCUAAAACGUGGAACUUCUGAGACAACAUUUUGACAGGGGACUAAAUGUGUCAGUAUUUUUUAGCAAAACAAAACAUUUUGACACGUGAUUCUUUUUUGGUUUGGUUUUCCAGUGAAACUGUCACAAGCCUGUUUUUACCAAAUGUUUCUAUCCGAUUAAAAUGGCCUUGUGUUAGCAAAGGUGUUAUUUUUCACCUCUGCAGUGCCAAGUGUUUAAUGUCAAGCAGCUUGUUCAUCAAAACACUGCACUGGCAUAGUGAUGAUUGGAUGGUGUUCGUGCUUGGAUGGUAAUUGGAUGGUGGUUUGAGAAUUGAUAUCUUCUUAAUUUACAAUUGCAAUACUGUAUAUUAUCACUGCUCAACAUAUCUCAGAUCCUUUUCCUCCCAGUCAUUACUCGUUUUGUUUCUAUGUAAGCAUGCUAUCUUUCAUUACUGUGAGUCAACAAUACGAGCUGACUGAAUAAGCUUCGAUGUUCAGAGCCGUCAAUGAUGGCAACAUGUUAACAAUGGUGCUUUUAACUGGAGAUGGAGAUGGAUGGAAGGUUUGCUGUGGUGGAGCCAAAUUUAGCCCAUCAGUAUAUCCAGUGGAAAAAUUCACUGUUUUCCUUUUAAAAAGAAAGAAUUCUAUAUCAGCAGGAUUCUAUUGAAAGGAAUAAUAGGAUUCUGUUUUAUAUAGAUUCUAUUCUAUAUCAAAACCUGCGUUCAAAGCUUUCAAAUGAGGUGUGCCAUGUGGGUAUUAGUGUUUUGAGCAACAUGAAUGAGUCCAAGUUUCCCUUGGGCAUGUGAAACUAGUUCAUGGUUUUUCUUGGAAUCCAAAGCGUAAAGUAGAUAAUGAGUAUGAUCUGCAAGGAUAUUUCUGCCGUGCAAUAAACACAUAGCAUAUUAUCUGUGUAGUAACAGUUCAUCCCCGCUCCAAGCAGGGAAUGCACAAAGAAAUUCUCUGUAGUUUGCACACCAAGCAGGGAAUGCACAAAGAAAUUCUCUUACAUAUGAUAGUAAUAAUGCAUUGUCUAAUAUUAAUAAAAACUGCUACCAUAUUGAUUAGGAUUUGCAAGAAAGGCUAUGCAGAUUGAAAACCAUUUUUGUGAACUUGCUAUAAUCAAGUGAAUACCAGUGUUGUCUGUAGUUCUGUUAUGACGACAAGGGGAUGGAUUAAGCUAGAAAGAUGAGAUGGUUUCUGAUCUAGGAUGCUAAGAAGAAGAAGAGGAGUUUGGAUUUGAUAUCCCGCCUUUCACUCCCUUUAAGGAGUCUCAAAGCGGCUAUGAUUCUCCUUUCCCCUCCUCCCCCACAACAAACACUCUGUGAGGUGAGUGGGGCUGAGAGACUUCAAAGAAGUGUGACUGGCCCAAGGUCACCCAGCAGCUGCAUGUGGAGGAGCGGAGACGCGAACCCAGUUCCCCAGAUUACAAGACUACCGCUCUUAACCACUACACCACACUGGCUCUCAGUAAGACAGCUGGUUGUUCUAAAUAUGGGACUAGGGGCUAGGGGUUGAAUAAGGCUCAGUGCUAGGGGGAUACGAGUAGCACUGUGGUCUAAACCACUGAGCCUCUUGGGCUUGCCAAUCGGAAGGUUAGCAGUUUGAAUCCCCACAACAGAGUGCUCCAUCCCAGCUCCUGUUAAUCUAGCAGUUUGAAAACAUGCCAGUGCAAGUAGAUAAAUAGGUUCUACUGCGGCGGGUUUCCAUGCUUUCUGGCUUCUGUCACAGUGUUCCAUUGCACCAGAAGUGGUUUAGUUAUGCUGGCCACAUGACCUGGAAAGCUGUCUGUGGACAAAUGCCGGCUCCCUCAGCCUGAAGCAAGAUGAGCACCACAACCCCAUAGUCACCUUUGACUGGACUUAACUGUCCAAGGGUCAUUUAUCUUUACCUAAGGCUCAGUGCUGGCCAAGAAAAACCCACCUUGUUUGACGAUAUCACUGUUACAGCAUUUUUAGGUGUUUCUUUAGAAGUAUGAGGUAUGGUAUAGCUAUACCUGGCACUUCAGAGAUAUAAAUUUCAAUAUGUAUGUACCCUACCUGUCAAAGAGUGGGAUGACAGUGAAUUCAAGUAGUUAUGGCAUUUAAAUAAAUGAUGUGUGGAGAAUGGUUGUUCUGUUGUACAACAAAGCCUUUUUCUGGUUAUAGUGUGAACUCAAAUAACAAAUAUAGUGGUACCUCUGGUUACAUACUUAAUUCAUUCCGGAGGUCCGUUCUUAACCUGAAACUGUUCUUAACCUGAAGCACCACUUUAGCUAAUGGGGCCUCCCGCUGCUGCCACGCCGCCGCUGCACGAUUUCUGUUCUCAUCCUGAAGCAAAGUUCUUAACCCGAGGUACUAUUUCUGGGUUAGCGGAGUCUGUAACCUGAAGCGUAUGUAACCUGAAGUGUAUGUAACCUGAGGUACCACUGUACUGCAAUUCAUUAAUGAUGCUGACAUUAAAUAUGAACCUGCUGUUGACCACAGUUUUCAAGAACUAAAACAUUACUUGUUGCAGGGAUACACUGCAUUGUGAACUGCUGCAAAGAUGAUGAUACUGAUAUCAGACAUUUCUUCUCCUCCAGUUGGGUCACCGUUGAAGUUGAACGUUAUUGCUAAAGAAAUUAGCAGUGUGAAUAGGUCUGCCAGAAAACUUCCUUACAUUGCCUUAAGGCAGUUAGACCCUAAUCUUGCUAAUGAGUCUAUUGUAACCCAUUCCACCCCUUGUGGUUUGGCCAAUAGAUCACAGUGUUAAUUGGUCAUUUUAGCAGAUGUUUCAUAUUUUCACUUAACCUAAAUAACUCAGGAAUUAUUUGAAUAGCUUCUCCCUAAACAAUCAGAAAUGUAAAAAUGUUGUACACCAGUUGACUGUGAAAGACAAAUAACAGAUUCCCGCCCCCCCCCAUUAAUGUCCAGCUCCAUAUUCUAACAAUGUGGUGUUUCUUUGUCAAAAGCAUUACUUGCCCAGUGAAUUGAGGCAUAGUGUUAAUCUGUUAGAAUCUCAAGCCUAUAUAUUGUAACAGAGUUGGCUACAUAUUUUGCUAUGAAGCUUUUAAUAACUUUCUGGUCAGUGUUCUUAAUAUAUUUGCUAUUUUUUUAAAAUAAAAACCAAAUGUUAAACUACGCGAGUAUCAUAAAUGUGUCUUUGGCGUUCAUUAGUUCUGCUGUUAAAAUGAAAAGGGAAGGACAAACUAAUCAUUCUUUGGUGUGAGUCCUUUUCCUCCCCUACAUAACAAUCAGUGUCGGUGCUCCUUACUGUUUUACAAAGGAGCAAAAUCUUUUCCUAAAGAUAUUUCUCAGUAACAAGAACGACAGAACUAUACAUUCAAAACAACAGAGGGCCCAAAAUUAAUUACUGAGUGCAUCCCAACUUCAGUCAAAUAGAAUUAAUUACUUGUGUGGGCCUUGAGCACUUAACCAAGAUUUUCGACAAUACUGCUUUUAGAUUGCAUCCCUGGAUAGCAACAUCCCACAUUGACUAUGGCACUACACAGGGUUUCUGCAUCAUUCAUGCGUGUCUUGGGGAGCUGUUCAUUCAGUUGUUUAAUGUGCACCCAACACUAGCAAAAUCUGUCUAGCUCUGAAGAAGAAGAAGAAGAAGAAGAGUUUGGAUUUGAUAUCCCGCCUUUCACUCCCCUUCGGGAGUCUCAAAGCAGCUAACAUUCUCCUUUCCCUUCCUCCCCCACAACAAACACUCUGUGAGGUGAGUGGGGCUGAGAGACUUCAGAGAAAUGUGACUGGCCCAAGGUCACCCAGCAGCUGCAUGUGGAGGAGCAGGGAAUCGAACCCGGUUCACCAGAUUACGAGUCCACCGCUCUGAACCACUACACCACACUGGAUCUGGAAGUCUCCUUUGUGUUUCAGACAGAGUUUAUUUAUGUGUAAAGUAUUUCGAUACUGCCAUAUAAUAAAGAAGGCCUAACACAGGUAGCACCUAGAAGAGGAACCCUGAGACAUGGGAUUUUGUGUCGCUGGUGACACGCCAUCAAAACUUAGUACUACAUAACACUGAUAAAUAUGACCAAAGUGGGUUUUUGUCUUUUUUACCCAGAUUACUUUGAGCUCCAGUCUUGCUGAGUUUUUGAAAUACAACUAGUAAGACUAUCACAGACAAAAAAGUGGUUAUCCACAGGGAAAAUGUCAGCAUACGAAAAUCAGAAUAAUAAGCAGCAUUUCCUUAAAAGAAACCCUUUAAAAAGAUCCACAGCAUUCCCCAAGAUUCCCAUUAAAAAGCCUUCCCCUUUCCCAGAUGCACAACUAAAUGGAUGCAAGCCAAGGUUUACAUUUAGUAUCAGUCAAAGAAGCAUAAAGAAGUAUUUGCAUCUAGAAAAGGACUUCCUUGAACAAUCCAUAUCUUUGCCAAGAGCACUCCAGGAACUGGAACUAAAUACCAUGAAAGAUAUGUAGCUCCAGCUCUUCUAAUGUAAGAAUUUGUCUGUUUUGCAUUAUUCACCCUCUGCUGAGUAAGAGUUAUGUUGGGUCUGAUGGUACUGGAUAUGGAAUGAAGCCAGCCAAAUGUUGCAUUUUAUGUGCGCGAACAAUUUCCUGCAUUUUGCUAACAACAAUUUUGUUACCCUAAGGGCAGUCAGGGCUGGUUCCUGUGGCAUCGACACCGGUCAGGUGGAAUGCUAGGAGCCCAAAGAGUAGGCGGAGCCCAAGCCAGUGAUGGGCAGAUCUAAUUCUAGUCCCCCCCCAUUUUUCUCUCCUGAGUUCUACAAGGUCAACACUGAAGCUAAGUAAUAGUCAUACGAGAAAUAUGUAAAAUAACCAAGCAAGUAUUAGAAAUCACCCCAGAAAUGGCCCUACUAAACAUCUUCCAAGACAACAAUGCCCACUUACACCACAAAGAACUCAUAACCCACCUACUCUCAGCAGCCAGAAACAUCAUAACCAGACACUGGAGAGACCUGGCAGGAGUAAGCAUGGACCAUGGUACCAAAUAGUAUGGGAAACAGCCUUACUAGAAAAAUUAAGCAAUAAACUGAAACUGACACAGGGACAAAUAGAAGAAGACGCCUUCACCCCAGUAUGGCUCCCCUUUAUCACAUAUAAAGCCCAACAAGACGACAAAAAUCCACCAACAGCAUAGAAAUCAAUAUGGCUAACCUGAUCC